AAGCGCCGGCCCGCAUUGAAAAUGGCGGCGGUCUUGAGUGCAUGAAUCCACUGAAUUUUCUUUAGUUUCCCUUUCUCUAUCCUAAUGAACAAAGGUGGACCAGGAGCAAGGAGACCUAAACCAGGUCCACGUGGUAAGAGAUAUACUUGACUGUUUUUAGUUGAGUGCAAUCAUGGACUAUCACUCUGAUUCUUUCAGCUGAUAAAUCAAUUGAUAUCAUAUUAGAGCUAAACUUCAGAAUACCUGGCCACUUACUUUCGUCAUGGAAAAACAAGAAUGCCUAUUUUUACAAGUGACUGGGUAUUGUAAAGUUACGUUGCUUCUUCAAUGAGUGACUUUCACAGAUGCCAACUUCUGGAAAUCUAAACUCUGGAGACUUCUCUUGCGCACCCCCCCCCCCCCCCCCCCCCCCCCCCCCCCCCACCAAAACCACGGGCGCGAGGGGCUAACUUACCUUCUUCCCCCCUCUCUCUUUUCUUUAAUAUUAAAAUUCUAUCCUUUUAUUUAUCCUGUCUGGUUUCUUUAUCCGUCUAUUACGGUGUUUUGUAGUGGUUGGUGUACCGGCCCACUUCUUUCGGCAUGGAAAAACAAGAAUGCCUAUUUUUACAAGUGACUGGGUAUUGUAAAAUUUCGUUUCUUUUUCAAUGAGGGAAUUUCCCAGAUGCCCACUUCUGGAAAUCUAAACCCUGGGGACUUCUCUUGCGCCCCCCCCCCCCCCCCCGUCCCCUGAAUGCCAACAAUCAUAAUCCGGGAAAGUUGGCAUAUAUGGACUUUCCCUGACAUAUUUCUGUACUAGCAAUAUAAAUCUCACUAUAUUUGUCCAUGGCAUGGUUUCAAGUUGCCGACUAUUAUGGCAGUUAGUUGGCAGGGUAUUGGACAGCUAGGAACUUCUUUUGGCUCUGUUUCCCUUUUGUUUGCUAUGAAAAAACUGGGGUCAUUCUCAUAGUAGCUGGGUUUCUCAAUCAGAGCCAGUGGCCAGCGAAAUUCGCCAGCUAUUUCAUGUGAACUCUACCUACUUUUCUUUGGAAAUAUUACCCCCUAAAAAGCCAGAAUAUAAUGAUGUCCAUGUUCUGUUCAAACACUCUAAUUUUUGCUCCAAAAUGCUGGAAAUGCACUCUGAGAAGCCCAGCUUUCAAAAUUUUUCGAGGGGUCAUGCCCCCAAACAGAACCCCCCUAGUAACUUGCACUUUCAGCGCUCACAAGUCACGCCAGUGGCAUGAGUUUUUUCCUUCUCUGCCUACUCAAAAGCUUUUGCCACCUACAGUACUGCUCAAGAGUAAGUUGACACUCGAAGCUCAAAACUCGAGACUUGAUUCUUGCCUCCCGAAGCUCGAACGCUUCGAGUUUCGAGAUGCGAGGAUCGAGUCUCAAGACGCGAGGAUCGAGUCUCGAGUUUUGAUGAUCGAGGAUCGAGGAUCCAAGAAGCUAGGUUUUCCGAAAGAACGAUGUUGUACAGUCACGUAGCCGUUCAGAUAGUCGCACAGUCGAUCAUUGCUUGCGGUGCGGUGUUCUGUAACUGUUUGAAUUGUCCGGGUUUGCCAAGCUUUCAAUAAGUGUAAAUAAAUAUUUUCAUUUUUGCAGAUUUAUCCUGCAUGUACAGUGUAUGUAGCCUUUGCUUGCCAUGUUCCGAGAUUUUCACAGAUGAACGGUGCCACUCGGCAAUUCAUUCUGUAAAUUAAGCUUGUCGCGGUUUUAUGCAAAUCUUGAUGAAGAGUUGUUAAAUUUGCUUAGUUGUCAAGCUUUAACUUCUUUCUUAAAGGCGGCUAAGGACAUGUAGCCUUUCACUCGAUAAUUUUAUUUGAAAACUCGGCGAUUCCGUGCCUCGUUGCGCGUUUGGCAUAUUAUGUAAAUAAUGUUGAUAAAGUCAUGAGAAACUAUGUUUGUUCUAGAAAGCGAAAUUUUCACGUGCGCGUUUCAGUCGAUACCGUGGCUUGUCACGCUGUCACUGUAUGUAAAUUUGCAAAUCUACACGUAGUCACAAUAAUUUCACGGAAAACUUUAUUUGUAACAAAAAGCAACUUUUUAACUAGCAUUUGAGUUAUUAAAUUUUCCAUUAGUCAAUUUCACAUAAUUUAUGUAUGUCUCCAUUCGCCAUGUUCAUUCGAAAACACGGCUCAGCGACUCCGUGAAUUAUAAAACUGGCUUUUAUGCAAAUCUAGCUGAUGUCACUGGAAACUUUGUUUGCUGAGGCGAAAUUUUAACACACGAUCAUUUGAGUAUUGAAAAAAGGUCCAAACUCGUUUCGUUCAAACGACAGAAAGAGACAAGGAAUGCACGAGCCGGGCACGGGCACUUUGCAAAAAAUUGGAAAAGUAGUUGUUACAUGAUUGGAAACCCUGAGAAGCUGGGGAAAAUGCCCUGCUCGAUCCCAGCCCUUACUGACAACCCUGUGGAUGGGUCAUGUAUAAUCUUUGUAAAACAAAACAUGCAUAAAACAGUACAUUUUCCUCUCUUGUGAAUUAAAUUUGGCUAAAACAUCUUUUAUUUUAUUAUUUUUUUUAGGUCACCCACCUCCAGGAGAUUUCAUUGCCCUUGGUGAGUUUUAUGAAUAUGCUGUACUGAAUUCCAGAGCAGGAAGCAAAAAGGUCACAAAAGACAUUCGUGAGCGAAAAAAGGAAAAAAUUACCUUGGCUGUCUUACCAUGAGAAAGCAUGAUGUCCAAAUGCAUUUUAGCAUCGCUUUACCAUUCUGUGUAUGUGCCUCUGAAAGGGCAUAUAUUUCUGCAAAAAUCUGUCCAAUCAUUUCCUGUUACUUACAUGUAUAAAUGCUUUCUGAAUUUAAUAAUCCACACGCCAUCCCACUUUUCAAUCUUCAUGUUAUUUCUUGGGAGAGAUAGAGGCUUUGUCAUGGGUCUCUCCUGUUAUGACAGGUCGUUACAGCAUCCCCUGGAUUUAAUCAAUUUAGCCUGUUUCUUGUUUCUGUAAUAUAAUUAUGUAAUAUAAAAACGAGGGGGGUAUCAGCCCUCUACCACACCCCCAACAUGGAGAACCAGAGAAUCAGGCUUUGUUCGCUCUCUAACUUUCAUCCUAUUUAGCCUGGGUGACCCUACCAAAGUGCAAGAUUCUUGCCAGCAUUCCUCUACUUGUAGGGGUUAUGAGGCGCACAAACUGUCCCGCCUUCAUAGGUUGGCGAUUCCAUCAAGGCAGUUUAGGUUACUGUCCCUUCUUGGGAAUUAUACACAACAGGGAGGGAGAAUAAAGCUUCCCUGUGAGAAUCUGUGCCAAUCAUGUGCUAUAAUAAAAUUGAUAGUCCAUCAGAUACAUAUAAAGUCAUGCACCUUUAUUGUUUUAACAUAUUAUUGUCUUGUGUUUUGUGGUUUUUUUUGUUAACAGGAAGCCGUGGCACCAGGACCUCUGAGAGUGAGCUAAAACCUCUUCAGCCCCUUAAACCUUUACAACCUCUUAAGCCACCUCAGCCUUUACCACAAAAAAAGCUAGGAAGUUCGUCACUUUCGGAGAGGAAGAGAGAGCCAUCCAGCCCUCUGACGGCUCUUGGGUCAUCAAAGAGGCCCAGGCUCUCGUCUUCUCCUUCAUCAGCCCAUUCCUUCAGAGGAGGAGAUGGUGAAGGUGGGAAAAGAUCUGGAACAAGCACACAGUCUUCACUGCAUGCACAGGUUGCUCCUAUUGAAGGUGUGUUUAGGUUAUGGGUAAUUAUUAUAUUUCCAAAUAUACAUGUAAGCAAUUCAUGAAAAGAAAUCAAUUUUAGAAGAUUUAACAGUCAGUUACUCACCAGUCGAGAAUACCGUACUUAUGAACUGGUGUUAAAUAAUGAAAAAUCAAUGUAGAUUUUUCCUGCCUUUUGAUCUAUACGAUCUGACACCAUUACUUUUAACAGCUUUUCACUAUGAACCCAUUAAGGCAGUUUUGUACGACCAAGAUAAACUUGUACAUUUUACCUUUCUGUCAGUUUUAAAAAUGACCUCCUGUAGAUCCAUUACAUUUAGGUAAAAAGGAAGCCACCUCAGUUUUCUUAGAUUCUACUGGAGAUGGUUAACAAGGUAUUUGCAUUUAUGUGCGUCUUCGUCACUUGCUACAACUAAUCUUGUUAGUGGUCUUUAAAAUUUUCACCCAAAUUAAUCGUCACAAAAUAUAUGUAUUUUGUUGUUGUUGGAAUAGAGUACUAAAGUACUGAUAUCCUGACAAAUCCCAUAAUUUCAGAAAUUUCAUUUUUAUGACGUCACACUUUAGUACUCUAUAGACAUUCACCAUCAUCAUCAUCAUCAUCAUCAUCAUCAUAUCAUUUUCCCCAAGCAGUAAACAGGGCUGGAAAACACUCCUUUUGGUUACUGAGAUAAUGAUUUCAUGAUUGCAGUUGCUCCAUCUGAAUUAGAGGAUCAGGUUCUUGAUGCAGAUGCUAGUGGGAAUAAGUUAAGAGUUGACGCUCUCCUCCUUGGAGCUAUAAAAAACCUUAAAUUGAACAAAGCUAAACCUGAUGCUAUCCUUUACAUGAACUUAAUUUACCUGGCAAAGAGCAAACCUGAGUUGUUCUUAUCCAGCCGAAUAGUUGAGGUGAGUCUAUUACAAGCUAUGAAAACUUUAAAACCUUUUAAAGGCUGAUAUCUGAAUACAUAAUCUCUUAACUGCUCUCCAUUGAUUAUUAUAUGGUAUUGAUCAUGGGAAGAAUUUGUUUAACAAUCAAAACCUUUUUCACAUGUUGAUUGUUUCUUUGUUUCUCACAGUGUUUAUGUUACAGUGCAGAUUGAGCAGUGUUACUGAGAGGAAUUAAAUGUUGGUCUCUCUGAGUGAUUAAAGAGUAAAGCAAUAAUGCCAUUGACAAUGGAAACAAAAACAUAAAAAAGUAGUAGGGAUUAUAAAUAAGCAGAACAACUACUAUGCAUGGGCAUCACAUGUCUUGGUACAUGGACUUUAUUAAUUUUUCUUUGCCAUCAAUCUGCUAGCAUGACAUAGAACUUCCUAGUACAAAGUUUUAUGAAGGGCAUUAGCCUGCGAAAACAUCCGUUUCUCCUGGCUCUUCGCCGCUAGGGACAUUUCGAGUGGGGGAAUGUCUGCGACUCAGCGACAGAAAUUCCAUACUGAUGAUGCAAAUCAAUGUUUACAUAAUAAAUCCGGUAGUCAUGGGGUUCCAAAUAUAAGUUUGUCCAAUUUUACACGUCUUCUGGUUGAUUUUGGUAAAGUGUUGUGUUCAUCUGCCAACGAGCCCCAGCGAAACUCAAAUGCUUCUUGUGGAGAAGACUAUAUUCCACAAAUAUUGACUGUUUUGUUAGAGAUUCUUCGCGUUUACAUUUGACCUUUGUGGCCUUUCGUCUCUUUUCUGCCAUUCGUAAACAACAGGUAAAACAAUGUAAGUACUCCACUGACCCAUCAGCGCUUCUGACCGGAUUCCGGACAGAUUUUACAUCGUAAGUAUGGAAAUUCUGUCACUGAGUCGCAGACGUUCCUCCACGCAAAAAGGCCCCAGCGGCGAAGAGCGAGGAGAAACGGAUGUUUUCACAGGCUAGAAGGGCAUAAACAUGCGCAACAACAUGGAAGUUAAGAUUAUGUCAAGAAUCUCAGGAGUGUCAAUAAAAAAAAAACCAUUUAGGGGAAACUGCAUCCACCACUCCUUGCACCAUGAUGAGGUACCUGUAUAUUCUGUACAUGUAUUUUCAGGAUGCAAAACUGCGCAGACAGUGAUACAUAAAUGUUAGCCUUUAACAUUUUGUUUUGUUGCAGGCACUUACAAGUAUACUCAAACGUGAGGGUGGUGGUAUAAAGCCAGCAAAAGGAACAAAUGCUCUGGUACCAACAAUGGCUUGUAACAUUCUACUUUAUGCCUUCCAAGAUGAAGAUGAUUGGCCAGAGUCAUUUGUUAAAGUGUAUGUUGAGGAUGCCCUGGGUGACCGAGUCUGGGUUGAUAAUGAUCAUUGCCGCAGUUUUGUGGAGAACAUAUGGACAGCCUUUGGAACAAAAACAGUGCCAAGAGUAACGUUGGCACGGCAGCAAAGUGACCCGACCGGCAAACAAUCAACAUCUGAACAGGCCCAACUUGGUGGAACUCAAGCAGGAGGUUGGCAAUGAUCAGUUUUAUUUACAGUCAGCUCUCUCUUAACGGAUACCUAGACAAAAAAACGGACACCUAGAGUUGAUGCUGGCCUUUCUUAAUUCAUCUUAGUUCAUCUUAGAUGACUCCCAGUAAGACUGGCAUGUCUCUACGACAGACACACUGUGCUGAUCCCAAAGGUGUCCAUCUAAGAGAGAAUUGACCGUAUUUUUUCUCCUUUUGUAAAAAUAAUGUUUUUAUGAUGUUUAAUUCUACUGUAAAUGCAAUUGGGGAUAAAAAUUAGACAGUCACUUAAUAAACACUCACUGUGAGUAGUUUUUAUCAUAUCUUUUUUUAUUUGCCCUAUACUUGUAUGAGCUCACUUACACAAGCAUCUAAUUGUGUCGUCAGCUCUGGUUUAUUUUGUUUUACACUUAAUAGUUCCACCUAAGGAUGAAGAAGAAGUUGUUGAAGAAAUGGAAACAUCAACAUCACUUGAAGAAGAUUCUAUACCUGUCAUAUCCAGGUCAGUAAGCUAUGAGAUUUACUUUUAAUAUUAUAUCUAUGCUUAUACAGCUUACUGUAGCUGGUCAUUAAUAAAUAACUUACUCUCCACAAUAAUGAAUCUCAAGACUCCGAACUUUAAACUUUAGUUUUGGAGCUCAAGACUCAAAGAUUCAAUUAAUUAUUCUUAUCUCUCAAAACUUGAAGUGUUUGAGCUUCAAGGCGUGAGAAUCAAAAGAAUUUAGUGGUACUGUGUAUUGAAUAUUAUACCAGAAUCAAGUAGAGUAAAAUAACACUUAAGAUCUCCAGUGAAAAGGCUGUGAAUGAAAAUUUUGCCUGGGAAUCCACAUUUCUCCAAUAUGUGAAUUUUUUUGGUGGAGACUCAGUGUCAUGUAAAAAAAUUCAUAGCUUUGUGUUAACUGGUUUGUUAGCAAAAAUAGCCUACAGUCUGUCUUCAAAACUAAUGCCUCCAGCAACAAAGGAGGUGAGCACCAAGAAAAUAUUAAUGACUUACUGUAAAUGACCCUAUUUAUUGCAUAGACUCAAUUCUUGCGUGAAAUUGGUAGUGGUUUAAUAAGUUCAUGGUUUCCUUGCGAAGAAAUAAUUAUUUGACAGAAUUACUUGUACCGAAAGUAUCUAAUUAUUUGGAUUUAGCCAUAAAAAAAGGUUUAACCUAGUUAUUUCAGAAUGUCAUUUUUGUAGAAUGAUGGAAUUGCAAUGUACAUGUAUGACACAGUGUACAGAAUGUACUACUUUCAAAUGGAUUCAUCUCAAGAAAACCACAGAAAACUAGCUAAAAUUCCCUGUUUACAUGUAUUAUUUUUCCUAUUGUCAGGAAAAUAAUAGCACAAUGUUGAACUUUCAGGUUCAUGUCAGCUUCUGUUGAACACAACAUCCAAACAUACAUCCUUGAACUUGUUCAUGACCAGUUAACAAGACGUCAGACCUUAGACAGCAUCACACGUAACCUGCUGAAGUUGCUGACAGUCACUUGUGGGUACAGUCAGAUCAGGCUAUUAGUCUCCCAAAGGCUGGAAAUGUGGUUGCAGAACCCAAAGGUAUUCAUUUUGUUUGUUUGUUUGUUUUUUCACCCUCAUGUUGUAUGCCAAGUGGUGAUUUAACUGAACAUAGUAUAUUUAUCAGUAAAAACGUCCUUGCAAUGAUUUGAGCUGGAAAAAAGACUGAUUGACUAGUAACCUUGUGAAAACAAUUCUUCACUCAUGGUGUUGAUCUUGUAGUGUUUCUACAUGCUGUAGAUUAAGCACCUGUCAUGAGGAUCACUGGUGGCCCUUGACCAUUGUCACCAUCAUCAUUAUCAUCAUGGUUAUCAUAAUCGUCGUCAUCUUUGUCUUAUUAAAUUAUGAAUUCUCCAUAACUUAAACACAUGAAUUACGGAGUUAAUGUAAAAUUAAUGCACUGUAAAUAUGUUUUGUUGCAGCUUACCCGGCCAGCGCAAGACUUGCUUAUGUCUCUUGCUCUGAACUGUAACAGUCACAGUACCGAGGAUGUAGAAGUGAUUAGCAAUCUAAUAAGGAUGAGACUUAAAACUAAACCACUUGCUAACCACUAUGUGGCUUGCAUCAAGUAUGUACACUUUCAAGUACUUAAUACUUUUUUCAGUGAACCCAAGUUCUGGAAUUGAGGUCAACCCGAAGUUCAUGCACAUAUUGUUGUAGCUUCAUUUUUGUUAUAUAUGUGAUUCAAAAACAUUUGAAGAAACAACGUGUUUUGGAGGGCAAAGUAUACUAUCAUAUACUUAAAUUUAUAUUCUGAUGCAUAAAAUAAUUAUUUGACUGUAAAGUAAAUAUUUGUUUCCUUAUGUCACCCUGGAAAAAUAUCUGUACCGUGCUGAAAUAAACGUGUAGCUACUUAACUAAUAAAGAAGCCUUGACUGUGUUUUGUUCUGUUGUAAAGCACACAGCAAGUGGCUAUAGAGAGCGAAAGAAAUGUAGGGGAAACACAAGAUGUAGUCGUCAAGUGUUUCUCCCUACUUUGAGUGCUCUAGCCACUUCUAAUUCAGAACACCAAAACAAACUAAAUCCCCCUCCCCCUUUCUAAUUUUCAAAAUAAACAAUUGGCAGAUGGCUUGACAGCUUUAGCUCCAUGUUUUACACUCUCAUAAAGCACGUUUUUUCAGCCAGUCAGAGUGCACAUUAUUUUUAUCUGAACUUUUUUUUAAAAAGUACCAGAUGUUACGUGUGCAUUGCCUUACAGAUCUCUUACUCAUGCUUAAUUCCUUGCAUACACCUACAGUGUGUACAUGUAUGUGUGGAACUAGGUGUUUUAUGAGUCUGAACUUGUAAUUAAAAUUAAUUUUUGUUAUUGUCUUGUGUCUUACUUACCAGGGAGCUGGCUAACCAGCACUCUGAAAAUUUAGGAACAGUACUGAAGUAUGUAAUCUACAAUGAACUCUCCAACACUCGCAAUCCCAAUAACAUGACACUGCUGGGGUCUUUAUUCCAGAACAACCAGGAAGUGGCAGCCAAGGUUUGUAAGUCGCAUUGUAGCUUAUCCCUUUAAGCCUCAUUAGAUGGAUUAAGCAUUGUAUUUACGACAAAUAGCAAAUGUGAAUUUGUACCACGUGACUUUGAGUUUUCCAUUUACUUAUCAUUAACUGUUCAUUAUAACUACAUGAAAAUCAGCAGAUUCACGCCAAUUCUAUCCAUAACAAUUGUGCUAAGCUGUUUUUAUCUGCUCAUUUCUUAUUUCAAAGAUUUCUCAACUUGAAUCUCACGUUUGCUGUAAAGGUGAUGCUUACUGUAUCUAGUAUCCUCAUACAAAUUCAAAUUUUUACAAGCUUUUAAUUUUAAGGGUUUAAACCUUCCACUAUGGCCAUGCAUCAUUGAUUAAACUUCUUUUAUUUGACCAUGUAAAUAUGGUUGAACAAAAAUUUGUAAGCUAAAUUGGUGGUUAAUCUAAUAACUUUUUUUCAGCUGCUUGCCAUGGUGUUUCAAGACUUGUUGACCAAUAAGUAAGUAGACAAACUUUUUCAUCAUUUUGCUACACAGCUACAAUCAGGGACAAAAGUAGUUGACACACUUGUUUAAAACGGGUGCUUUUAGCAAACAUUUAAUUCAUCUAUUAUUUCAUUCUUUUUAAACGCCGUAAAUGCCCUCACCCCCCGAAUCAAUGUUGUCUGAAGUAAAAAAAAGACUUGAGGGUCCAAAAUUCAACAUUGAUUUUUGGGGGGGAAGGGGUUGGGGUAGACAGGGGAAUGGGAUAAGUAUAUCCACUAUGCAAAAAGGGGCCAUUUUACGGAAGUGUGCCAACACUUUUGUCCCUCAUUGUAGACACAUUCAAUUUCAGGUUCCUUUUCAGACAGUUGAAACAUGUAAUUCAUGAGCAUAGUGUCCUGUGUUUUAAUUUGAUCUAUCCAUUUUUAAUUCAAAUACUUUCUUCUGUCAAAUGCAAAAUACCAUCAAGUCAGGAUUAAUUUGUUUUCUUAUUAAAGCAAUUUGCUUAUUAUAACUGGUGAUUAUUUAAGUAAGUACUGGCAUAUGGUGGAAAUAAGUGCAAUAACUGGUCAAUAGGAGUUUGGUAAAUUUUCGCGUCAUAAUAUAAACUUGUAGAUACUUGUAUGUUACAGGUCAAAAUUAUAUUCAGGUUAACUUUAUUUAACCUGGGUCGAUUCUCAAUUUCCUUUGUUCCUAGCCCUAAUUAUUCAUGAAUAAGGGCUAGGAGACAAAGGAGAUUGAGAAUGAACCUAAGUCAAAUCAAAAUUAACCUGAAAUCAAAUUUGACCUGUUACAUAUACAAUAAUAAAAUCGCCCAUCAUUACAACGAGGUUUGACUUGUUUUUAGAGAUGACUACCUCCGAGCAUCACGUGCCCUUCUGAGGGAGAUUGUCAGGGCCCUGAGACAUGAUAUGGACUUUGUUGCCUUGUGUCGUGGAUUCAUGAAGGAAAGAACAGAAAGUCAGUUUAGGGAUCUGGAAGCUCCCAUAAAGGUAAGCAAUGAAAGCUUUGCAGUUACGGAACGUCCACAACUAAAAUGGCUUAUUUGUUUAUAAUUUUAUUAAUAAUUAUUUAUUUAUUCUUUAAAAACAUUUACCUAAAUAAAAGUUGAAUUUCCUUAAAUAUACUGUAGUUACAAACAAUACUGUACUCAAUUUAUUGUGACUACAGGUGUAACAAAUAGUAGAAUCCAUAACCUUCAAGUAAUGAUCCAGGUAAGAUAGGAAGUAAUUUUUUCAGUUUUCAUUUUCACACAGAGAAUAUAUAAACCUACAUGUAUUUUUAAAGGGUGUUUUUUAUAUUAAAAGAUUUUGACCAACCAUAAGAAGUUCCUAACAUAGGAUUUCUGUGUUACUUAGACUCAGACAAGAUUUUGUUAUGAGGAAGGUGGUUAGAAAAUAAGGGAUCAAUGCACAUGCUGCUCUGCGAAGAAUUUGUAAAAUUUGAUGUCUAAAUGAAUCAGAAGACUAGUAGAAACAAUAGUAAAGUUAGCACAUUUCUGCAUUUUGGCGUGUUCAUUGUUUUUGUUUCUUUCCUUCUUAUCUGGACCAUUACUUAACCUGAGUACAACUUUCAUAUAAGGUUAACAUUUUUACCUUUCUCUCCUAAUAAUCUACAAUAAUUAUUAUAAUAAAUUAUUGUUGUAGAUUAUUAUUUGCAUUAGCAACUGUUUCAGCUAUAUGAAAUGCACAACUUGUAGGAGUACAAAACAGUGUGCUUCUUGUUAUGUGAUGAUAAUUAUAUUUUUUAUCAUAAUUAUGUAAGGGUUAUCGGCCUGAAGCGAGGGGUUAUGUGAUUUACAUGCACGAGGGGAAUAAAUCACAUAACCAUGAGCUGAAGGCUGAUAAAUGGCUUAUUUUUACAUUGGCGAGGAUUCCUCAAGGGAGGAAUCCUCAAGGGAGGAUUCCUCUAUUGUUCAUCUUUCUUUUGUUUUUUAACCCUCCAUACUGACACUGGUGGCAUUCACAGCUUUCUUGGCUUUUUAAUUAUGUUAGUUUUUCAAAGUCGUAUUUCAAAUUAGUUGUUCGCAGAGAAUGCUAGAAACAGCCUAAAGAGCCUAGCAGUGUAGUGCCAUUCAGAGCCAGAAGUAGAACCGUUUAUUACUCAAACUAAAGCUGCUUCAGUGGCGGUACUGCAAGAGCUUUCGGAAAACAGUUUGAAUCUUCAUUUGCGGGUGCAGAAAACGAGCAAGCAGUUCACAAUUUCAAUUUUCGCACCAAGGAUCUUUCAACCGACCUGCAUGUUUACAGAAAAAGCUUCCGGGCGAGGUAUCACUACUGUAACGGACAAGGAAAUUCAGUCGAGGAAUGAAGGAAGAAUACCACAAAACACAAAGAGGUCAACUAUAUGUCUUCAUGGAGUACACGAGUUUGGGAUAACUGGUUAAAGAACGGAACACCUCAUCAUGACAGCGACACUUUCGUGGAUUCGUAGAAUUUUAAAGACGCUGUUCAAUUUCGAACUGUCCUUCUGGCUGUGGAAAUCGAUGAACCGACAAAUAAGAAAAUCCGUGAAUGUGGCUCAAAAGAAACGCAGCUCAGUUUAAUUUUAGUAAUCAUAGCGUCGUGUUUAAUAUUUCCAAUAAACAUUUGUGGAUUUUUUCUUUAUGAAAAGUUAAUUGAAAUGCGAGGGGAUCAUGUAUUAAUAUGCGAGGGGGAUAAGUGACUUAUCCCCCUUGCAUAUUAAUACAUAAUCCCCUUGCAUUUUAAUUAGUUGUUCAUUAGCCCCGCUCUUCCCUUCAAACAAUCAAAGCCGCACCCAGCUUUUCAGACAGUUGAUUCGGGGGUUAUGCAAUAUAUUCCCCCCGAAAAGAACAAAGGAAUCCGAGCUCAUGUAAAAAUAAGUUGUAAAAUGUAUUUGUAUGUCUGUUUCAGGAACGCAUGCUGAUAUCCUUAGCUGAUCUAAUAACAAUGGCAACCUUUCUUAGUGUCACACCAGCUAUUAAGGAUGCAUUCAGCUCAUCUGCAAGAGGAGAAAAGAGAGGUACAGCUGUACACUGACACUGUGUUUCCUUGCUUGCCAUAUUUUGUACAGCCAAGGACAUAUCUACUCCACAGAAAGGCUUUUGGUGUCCUUGUGUGCCCCCUUUUCCACCAUGAGAAUGUGUUGUCCUAUUUUGAUAGCCCCCUCUUUAUCAUUAAAAUAAAAAUAAUAGCAGAAAUCAAGGGUACAUGUACAUGUAGAGAUCUUUGUUGUUUUCAUUAUUUUUCUCUCAGACAUGUCAGGGCUGCAGGAAUUUCAGAAGUCUGUGUCCACAAUCCAGCGAGAUGCCGUCUGGUGGCUCCAUGUUGUUGUUCCUAAAAUGUUCAGCCCCAGUGGAAAAGAUUUCCUUCAUUGGUGAGAUUCUUGUUUGUUGUACUUGCACAGUGCUUAGAUAUGGCAUUAGAAGUAUAAAUAAAAAAUAAAUUUGAAAGCGAAAAGUGUCAUGGUGUUUGUGUAUAGUUUAAUGCAGCAGCUGGCAAACUAAUACUGAGGUCUUCUCUGACUAUUUGUAUCUUUGGCCGUCCAUUAUUGACUUCACACACACUUUAAAGCAGCUUCUUUCUUUUAAUUCAUUUGAUGCUUAAAACACAUUUUCUUCCUGCCAUAUGUGACCAUUUAGUACCAAUUUCACUGUUUACAUGUACUUGAUCAUGUAUGUUUUCAGCAUGAAUAAGGUACUUUUCCUUGAUCCUGUGGAGACUUAUGUUGGGAAAGACAACUGGCCACCAGAGAAUGAUCGAGGGUAAGAAAAAAGAAAUUUAUAUGAACUAAGCAGUUGAGAAAACAAACGACUUGUGCUUUUACAUGUACUUGGAUUCACUUGAAGUUAAUGUUAAGAUUAUUAAUUUUGAUCCAUACACUCAGACUACAUGCAAGAACUACUUCUAGACAAGUCAUGUUAAUUAUUGUGCUGUCUUUGAUACUGGUCUGUAUUCCUUGUUACAGUAUAGAUACACUGCAGCGCUGUGCUCUAAGAAAAAUUGAAGGGAGCCCAGUGAUCUGGAGCCGUUCUCUGAAAUCCGGGGUGGCCAGGAUAUGAUUUCUGUAAAGAAAUACAGUUGUAAGAUUUUCUAGUCGCCCCGCAGAAAAGGUUUACAUAGUUAAUUUGGAAAGUUUACUCUUCUUCCUUUCAAACUGUUUUAUUACUCAACUCUUCUUCGUCCAUCAGUUUAUUACUGAGUUUAGUCACAGAGGUUCCCCUUCAAGAGGAUACCUUAAUGAGGACCAUCAUAAUUGGUCUGUCUAACGAGCUGCCCCUAACUGCACCCGAGACCCUUGAAAUAGCUGAUUCACUGGUCAGAAGAGUAGCAGCUGUAAAAGUACCAUCAGCGUGGAUGCAAGGUUCACAGUCAGGUCAGCUGAUCAUGGUUGAUGUUAUCUAUUACAUGGAAUCCCUACCUGUUGGCUCUGAUUUUGAAAGUGUAAUUUUGUUCUUGAUGUGGAUUCUUAUAAAAUUUGGCAAAUAUACAUGUACUUGUGAAGCUAGUGAAAAGCAGUUUAAAAUGUCCUGAAGAUAUUAAAAUGUGUUCGUUUAAAUGUCCAUCAUAUUAUUUUUCACAUUAUUAAGAAGAACUAAGGUAAUUUUUAACUCCUUUUAAACACCAGGUCAUUAUUGUGUGCAUUUAAGUUUUCAAUAGUUGUCAAAAUUUUGAGAUAAGAUGAGGUAAAAUAAUUUUAUUAGUAUUUUAUUAACAUUCAUUGAUAUCUAUACUACUUAUGCCAAAUCAAUGUCCUGUAUGUCUUGCACAGGGAAUCCAUUUCUUUCUGUUAGUCGUUUGGAGCUGUUAGAUGCUGUCCUUAAUCUUUGUGCUUAUCACCAUCCCAAAGACAUUAUCCUACCUGCCGGGUAUGUAAUUACGUAAUUGCCUAGAACCUUUUGGUUAAUCUUUUUGGUAGAAAUAACUGGAGUACUUGGGGGCAUAUUUGACAUAAGGGGGAACUUAAGCAACGACGGGGUGAUGCUCGAUAUACCAAGUAAAUAUAUUAAGUACUAUUGUGUUGUUCUACUGUGUGAAGUUUAUUGUGCUAUUGUGUAAGGGCUAUGGAUCAUUGUUGUGUUCUUUGGUGCGUAACUCAAGACUGUUCACUUGGUAUAUGGUACACCUGCCUACUGUAAUGUGAACGGCAAAAAAGGAAUAAGUUUAUAUAAGCAAACCAACAAAUCUGCACAUGCAGCAUGCUUUUUUGUACAUUUUUUUGGCAUCACCAACUGACGUUUUUGUAGCCUGCUGUUGAAAUGUCCAAUAUUCAUGGGGUAGAUACAAAACUCGGACCGGAUCGUCUCAUUUACAUAUAGGGAAAACAGUGGGAACUAUUGUCUCAGUGGUAAAUAUGUAAAUAAGGUGACUCGGUCCAAGUUUUGUGCCUGCCUGUUAUUUAUGCUCACUUGUCUUGAAUGUUAACUCACUAAGUUAUAUGUGAUUUGGUGUUUACUUGACAGCUAUACUGCUCCUAGAUUAGCAAUUGCUAAUUUAUACUGGAAAGGCUGGAUUUUACUUGCCAUUGUUGCAUCGCUCAACCCGUCCACUAUAGGUAAGAGUUACUAGGUAUUCUCACUGCAUUUAUAAUGAGUGUAUCUCAGUGACAUGCCUGCGUUUUACCAGUCCCAGAGUUCUCGGCAGUUGGGGUUGAUUAUGAUCCUUUGCAGUCUUUUGCAACAAAUUUGGGCAGUGUGGUGUGAAUUCUCAGAGUUUGACAGGAUUGCCUUCAGGAAGUGCUUUUCGUACCUCCCACCUCCCCUGAUGGUGGUGAUCAUAUCAUCAAGGCUCUCUGCAUAUCUUUGCCAAGGUAGUCGCAGAUUCUUCCCAUAACUUUGCUUACCGUGAUGUGACAAAGAUAUGCAGUAAGGAUAAAUUACUUAUAAAAGACACGUGAUGUUUUUGGAACAGUGAAUAAAUCCUGAGGUUAAUUGUGACUAUCAAAUGGAGCGGAAAACAGUUUGGCAUCCUACUGAUAAACAGUUGCUACAGUUGGCAUUUUAUUUUGCUGGACCAACAAGGAUUUGUCUGUCCCCUUUGAAUUCGUAUAACCAACUUUAGACUAUGCUGUGGCCUAUCAUAAAUUUUGCCCUUGAACGCUAAAGAAAAAAUUAAUCUUUGUUCUUUUCUUUGAUGAGCAUACUAAAUUUUGCGGGUUCAAGCUUUUGCGGUUCCUAUAAAAUUUUCUUUAAGCACAGCCUUGAUUUGUAUAGAAUGUCAAUCCAUUUCAUAGCUCAUUUUGCAACUACGAGGAAAAAAUGCAUAGGGAAAUGAUGAGGCAAAAUACGAAAAAAAAUGUUAUGUUUCGUAGCUAUUCAGGGUUGAUUUUGUUCUAUUGAUAAUGUAUGGUGUUAGGUUGGAAAAUUGCUGAAGUAAUAAUAUCAAACAUCAGGUAGCAUCCAAAUACACCAGAAAGUAGAAUUAUUAAGAAACUAGGAACAGCUUCUUUAAACUUACUUCAAAAUGUUUUUAUGGGAUGAAAUUUCUAAGUGCUUUUCUCUCCAGUGCUUUUCUUCUGAAAUAUUCUUUCAACUGCCUUUUGAAGAAAUUCAGGGCAAAGUUCUCAAAAUUUUAUGAUGAUUGAAGUGAUUUUCAAAUCUCUCUUAUUUUGGGAACCAUAUCGAAUCACAAAACCAUAUCACAUUGACUUGUAUUAUUUUCAGGUCACUCUGGAUGGGAAAACUUUCCAAUGCUUAAGUGUAUCAUGGAAAUGCUGAUGACUAAGUAAGUAAAUUAACUACUACAGCUCUAUAAAAUUAUCUCUUAGAUAAUAACCGACACUGCAUACAGACUUUGCUAUUUAUCUCUAGGGAUCAAAUUUACACUCAGAUGCUAUUUGUAGGGAAGUACUUCAUGUCGAGCCAACAUAUAGUGUCCCUUAUAUGUUCCACAUUUACCUGCUUCACCUUACUUAGGUGCUUUCCCUUCUGAAUUUGCUUUCCUUAGAAGACUAAAUGUUACCUGGUCAUGAAGUACUUACCAUUUCUAGUCAUCUCAGAUAUGGAUUUAACUGAAUACACUGUAUCCCACUUCAGAAACCCAAAGGAAAAUGGGUAAAAGCUUUGGGCGCACUGAUUUCCGGGAUCAUUUGAGUGGACAAGUGUUAGGUUAUGAUUGGUCAAUGGUUUUCAAAGCACCCAAAUGAUCCAAGAAAUUGUUGCACAAUCAAUCAAUCUACAUACAGAAAAGUAAAUUAAAGGUUUGCACCUUUCCAAAAACAAAACAAAAAAACGUCCGGAAGCUUGAUUUUUUUUAUAUACUCACUUAUUAAAACAAAAUUAUUUUUAACACACAAAAAUAGUUCUUAAACCAACAUGUUCGCCAUUUUUUUGUUUCGGCUUAUCAAUAUGGCCGUCAAGACGUCAAGUGAAUGAACUAGAUAGAGGAAAUAUUCAUGAAUCUUGUGUUCUUUUCGCUUUUAGCAAUUUUACAUUUCCUCCGCCAACUGCUGCCGUAAGCGAGGAAAAAGAUGAGAUACUUUCUCAAGAACUUCAGGUAUAAUUCGUUUUAGUAAAAUCCAACUAGUGGUCUUUUAUUAAUGCUGCGUUCUGAUUGGGUGAGCUACAAUUAGGCUAUAUGUUAUAGCCCACUAGCAGCGAAAGGCGCCGGCUUUGAAAACCAAAACAGUGGUUGCUGAAUCACGUUUUGCUAGCUAAAGUUGUUUUGUCUUGAUAUUUUUGACCAACUAGUUGAAUUGGCUAUUGACUCAGAGCCCAUUCGGGCUCGAGAGGAAUAAUUGUUAAGUCGUUUACUCUUGCAACAGUAACUGCAGCACUCUUGUGUUCUGCCAGUUUUUUCUUUUGCUCUUAAAAUGACAAAGCAGUGGAGAUAGCAUUCCUGGAAUCUUUUAAUUUUUUGAGACGGGGUUUUCUGUUUGUUUGUUUUGCAGCUAGCACAAGCCGAAAAGGAGGAAAUCCUUUUAUUUGAGUCGCACCUGGCUGCAGCUACAACGAAGGUGACAAUUACAGAGAGCAACAGCUUGUUAUUGAGUCAGUUGAUCAGUAUGGAUCCAGUGUAAGUAAUAAAAAAGGAUCACGUUUGUAUAGCUUGCAGUACAGUGCGGACGUAUUUUACUGGCAAGCAAACGAUAUUUUUUUCCUAUUUGAAGUCGCCAUCUGUUUAUUAAAGGCGAGGGAAAAGGGGAGAAAAACAGGGUUGUCAGUGGAAUGGGCAUUAGCCUGUUCCAAGCAUUAAGAUAGUAGAGCACGGUUUUCAGAUGGUGGGUAGCGAGUUAAAUCGUACGCUGGGAAAGCGAGGGGAGUCUCCCCUAGUUUUCUUUUCCCAGUCAAUUUUCGCCUGAGCACUACUAUCUGAAUGCCUGGAACAGGCUCAAUGGGCAUAAAGCGAAAAGAACACCCUCUUUCCUGCUCCCAUGUGACUCGCGCACCCCAAACAGCGCGUAUUGUAAUUCAGUGCUACCCUCCGUCCACCAGCUCACAUAGAUAGCCCCUAAGGAAAAAUUGGACUGUUGCAGGCGAAGUUAUUAUAAAGGCCACUGCAUAGAGGAAGUACAAAGUUAUCCUGGGUUUCACUUUCUAUGGAGUAGUUUCUCAGCCUUCUUAGCUCAAUAGAAUUCCUUUGAGUCACAUCAUGCCACAAAAACGAUAGAUGUUUUGUAUGAACUCAUGUGGAGAAUAAUUGUUUUUCUUCCCAACAUGGCUGUCAAAUAGUUGCAUAUCUAACGAUAAAUUGAAUUUUUACGUUGUAAAAAAGUCUUAAUUCACCCAAUCUCUUUACUUUCUUUCUCUGUCACUAGUGGCCCUGGGCGACGCCCAUCUCAGACUGUAAUUGAUCAGUUGAAGGCUACAAACAGGAGUCUCAAACUUGGUCAAAGACUUUGCCGCAGUCGAUCACCUGAUUUCCUGUUAGAGAUUAUCCAGAGGCAGGUAAGAAAGUUUUCAUGAGAUCGCCGUUGGCUAAGUACAAUCAGUGUUGUUUUUAUUAGGAUACCAUACCUAAAAAAAAAUGUUGUAAAACCUUCAACUGCAACUGCUACGUUACACAGGAUAACCAACGUAGCGACCCUCGUACAGGUUACCCAAAGCCUAUCAGAUUUUCAAGAUGGCGAAAAUUUGACAUUGUUUUUCUUGUUUGCUUUUGUGUCUAGUAAUCGUUUCUUCUUUCUAAACUUCUUUAAUGCGGAUCCAUGAAGAGGAAGCCCAAUUUCGGUUUUAUGAAAGCAUCCAUAUUAAAGCUAAGAGUCUUUAUAAACGUUUGGUUUCUUUGGGACCAAAUGGACAUGAUAUUUUAAGGAGGUGUAGUGUUGCGAAAUGUGGGGAAAUUCGACUGUUUGGACACUUGUGUUCCUUCUCUGGUGGUAUUCGCGUUACGAAAGUUCCACUUUUUUUAAAACAUUUUGCUUAUCCUUUCAUUGGUACUCUACUUUCAGGGUACAUCCCAGAGCAUGCCGUGGCUGGCAGAGCUUGUUCAAUCUUCAGAGGGCUCGUUGGAUGUACUACCCGUGCAGUGUUUGUGUGAAUUCUUGCUACUGGAGAAAACCGGCGAAAAAGAUAAAGAAGAAGGCUUCUCUAAAACACUGUCAGAGAAGAGAAUUGUAAGUAGUAUAGGAAGCAUGUUUUACUCCUAGUUGCUGUGUUGGAAUCUCAGUAUAAAGUGAAACCUCAUAACUUACUGUCUUGAUUUCCGUAAUACAAUGAGGGGGAGGUCAUGGCGUAUUGUCUAGAUCUCUUCCACAGAAUAAGGGGGAAUCUCUUCUAUUACAGUAAAAAUUGACGAUGUUAUAGCCCUUUAUCUUGAUCACUAUCAUGAAACGAAGGGGAAUAUCAUGUGAUUGUGAAAAGCCUAAACACAAAACAGUUAAUUAUUCCCACACCACAGGAUAAUAGCUAACCAACAAUAGCUUUGAUUGUCCAUGGUUUCAGUUAAUUAAUUCGUGGCACGGUAGCAGUAUGUAUUAAUUAAGGCAGAUGCAAACUAAUUCUACUCGCGAUUCCAUAUACUAGUGGGAGUUUCUGGGAGUCCGAGAAUGUGUUCAAGUGCUUUUGCAGAAAGAUAGGUAUCUCGAGAUGUCACAAAGCGUGAAAAACCAAAAUAAACCAUGAAAUGAUCAUUGAUUACCAGUUUGAAAACGUCCUAAACAGUCGCAACAAGAUGAUUCACUGGCAAAUAUUUCAUUUUUGUUUGUAGGGUAUUCAGCGUCAUGUCCUGGGACGACUAAGGUCUUUGCUGUUUGGUGAUAAUGCUGAUGCAGAGUCUACAGGCGAGGUGCUGGAAUAUUUUAUGAGGAGAUUGUCCAGUGUACAAACCGCCGAAAGAGAUUCAGCAGUCAACGUAAGAAGCGAUCAAUUUUUUUAAAAAAUUAAGCUAAAGGAUUGUUUUUAGAGAAAAGUGCACUUAGCUUAUCCAGCCUGUUUACUCUUCCUCUUAAAUAGUUAGUAGCAAAAAAUUGAAUUAUAAUAUACCAGGAUUUAAAACCCCAACUGGCAGGAGACAACCAGUUGGCUACCGAGGAAUUUGAACUCGGGACGAUCGAGAACAAUCCGGCAGCAAAUGGUCAGAGUAGAACUCGAACCCGGGACCACCGGAUGCGGGUCCGACGCGCUGACCACUCGGCCACGCUGUUUCCUUAUUGACGCAUUUGCCCUUUUCUUCAAGGGCCUGGAACUAGUGUUAUCCCAGGAUACAAUUCAGGUGGAUGAUCACGUAACGGUCGUUUGUGAGGAGGAUCUGGAGGGGAGUGCUAUGGUAACCACAGUGGAAGAACUAUUUUCCCCAUCAUUCCCUGCAGACAGCACAGUGAGCAAGAAUUACAAGUGGUUACUGCAGAAUUUACAGAGUUUACCACAUUUUGAAAUUGUGCGAGCAACGUGUUGCUUUUCUCUCAGACAGGUGAGCCUUUGAUACGGGCAAUUCAUUAUUUCAACGGUUUUUAGCUGUCCAUAAAAGCAAGGGUCCCCAAAAGGUUUUUCGGGAUCCGGGAUUACCCUUAUUUAACGAUCGGGAUUCGGGUUUUCCCUUAUUUGAUGCUCCGGAUUCGGGAUUUAAAGCAAACUGAGGGCGAGAUGCGGGAUUGAAGUGUGCACUGGAUGCAGGACGCUGGAAACAACCUUCGGGAUAAAGGGAUUGAACAAAAUUUUGGGUCAGGAUCGCGGAAUCCUCAAAAGCGUCGUAGCUCUUAUUGAUAUAGGUGCUUCUUUAAAGUUAACCAAUUCUCAAACUUUUAAGAGGCAUGCGACACCUUUCGGAGCAUAGUAAGAGGUCUCUGAGAGGCGCAAUCUCUGAAAAAAAUUACUAGGAUCGCAUCUUUUUUUUUGGAGGGGUAGGUUGGUGGGGAAGGAACACAUAACACAGCCCUGAGAAACUUCACGUAGAAGGCAAAGCACCAGCUUCUCAGAUCUCUUAUUUGUCUCGUUACGCUCUGUAAAAUAUAUGAUUUAUUUUUCUUGUCAAUUAAUUGUUGGCUACCGAUAUUUUUGUUGUAGUCCUGCCAAGUGGAGAUAAUUCCCGAGAGAACACAAGCAUAUCUUAUGUUUCUGGCAGAACACGCCACUGAUAACGGUGAAGAGGAGUUUUUGGAAACAGUUAUUGUGAGUAGAGUUGAUAUCUUUUACUUUUUGCGAAGAAGCGCUGAGGUUCUUGUUCUGGGUCCCCAGCGGACUUAACGAAUUACCGGAAGUGGGUUUCGGAUUUUCUUUCAUCUUGAUUGGCAAAUCGACGAUGACAUUGAUGGUGCGUACUCAAAUCCUGGUACACAAGUGGAGGCCCAGAACAAGGGUUUCAGUGCUGUUUCACAGACUGACUUACCAGAGUUAAUUUAGUUUAGUUUAGUUAGUUGUGAAAGGCAAAGUUUGCAGGACGUUGGAGCUGUGUUAUUUUGCAUUAUUCGGUUUACAUAUAUUCCGGGCCCCAGUUGUUCCAAAGCUGGAUAGCGGUAUCCAUCAGAUAAAUCUGUACGUAGUCGAUAAGUAUUAGAAAAACCAAUUGCACUAUCCGCUGGAUAGAGAUUGAACAACUGGGGCCAGGAGAUAAUUUUUGGUUGCAUGCGCAUGUGCGAUAGGUUUCACAUAUAGUGAUUUUAUAGUCAUUUUAGGAAAGUGGUUACGUUGCUUUCGCGAGGUGGUCGCACUGAAACUUAGACUGCAUAAAUUUAAGAGAAAAUUCUUUGCUAUUACAAUUUUUGCAGGACAUCGCGCAGUUGAUAAUCGAACGUCCCACAAUCAUGAGCCCAGUUUUGGAAGAGGGUAUCGCUGGUCAAGAAACUUAUCAAGCUCUACUAAGAUUGUACACAAUAGCUUUACAACAAGCCGUUAAUAUGCAAGAAGCAAACUUCUCCUGGGUAAGCCUUUGAACCCUUUUCGUAGUAAUUUUGCACUCGAUCGUAUCCCUUUUUAGUGGUAAUGAAUAUAACAUUCUGAAAAAAAAAAUAGCAAACAGCGGAGAACCUUCGUGAUUAAGUCAAACAAUGAGAGUGCAUGUUGUCUGGAAAAAAGACCUUAAAUAAUUUCAUUGAUAUCAAAAACAAGGCAAAAGCAAAUCAUUUUGAAAUAAGUUUUAACGUAAAAGUAUUACUAAAAUACAGUUCUCUGAAGUGACAAAUUCCUGCAAUUCUGCGGUAAACUGGUAAGUCGCUUACCAUUAUGGUUUCGACAACCCCACUGGAUAUUUCUGUCAAAUGGUAAGCAUCCCAGAUGAGCCAUUUCACUUUUUUCAGUGUUAUCAGACCUCAUCUAUUUUGUAUAUAAAGAAAGAGGUCAGCUUUUAACUAUUAAUCGAUAAAUGGAGAUUUUCUAUAAGAUUUGUUUGCUCUUUGUUUUCCUUUAAUAAUUCUUCGUUUACAUGUAGCUAAGAUUCAAUUUAGAAAACGUUAACAAAUAUCUCCUAGUAAUCAUAAGAGAGGCCCUAUUAGGAAAUUAUCGGCCACGACGAAUUCAGUCUUCAGCUACCUUAAUAACUGCAUGCAAAAGAAUUGUACAAUAAAAUACGACAAAAUCGUGACCGUGGACUGUCUAGAGUGAUAUGGUGUGAAAUGUUAGUUUUGCUUUUCUACAAAUACAGCAGCAAGAAAUGCCAGAUCAGUUGUUUGUCCAGUGGUCCAAGGACACAGAGUAUGCCGGGAAUGCGGCCUCUAUACAUGUGUUGGUUAUACAUGCCAUGAUUGUUCUUCUCACUUACGGAGAACCAAAAGGUGAGCCAGUCAGGUUUGUUGAUUUGUUCUGUUACUUGCAUGUAGCUUUGCAUCAAUAAGUAAUCCGAAUCAGAAAGAAUUGGAAAUCCGCUCAUUUAAAGACUCAGGCUAAGUUUACACUGUACGGGCCUCAUGCAAUGUGCUUUUACGAUAAGGCAGUUGUAACGCAUUGCAGAUACCGUAUCAUGUUUAACAAAACUAACAGUAAGUCGUUGUUGCGGAAUAAAAACUUAACUGCAUUUUAAUGGUAUAAUUUUGAUACAUUAAAUUCAUACCUGGCAACAAGACAUAGGGAAGUGAUUCAUCCGAAAAAGAAAAGAUUAUUUAUGCCUGAAAUACGAGGUGAUUUCUGUUGUUCUAUUCGCCCAAGCCUUGGAGCCAAAUACGAAUUGUAAUUUAUCAAAAUUGGUCUUCUUCAGAUCGCUUCAGAUAGACAUAUUUUGUGUGUGCAACCUCGAGUUUCGACUUUUUAGUGAAGCUUUCAAGAUUCGUCUUAACCAUGCAUGGCUUACUCAUGCCUGUAGUUUUUUUUCCUUUUCCUUUUUUUAAAUUCAUACAGGAGACACUAGUGUAUACAUGGCUCUACUAAACGCUUGGUGUCCUGAAAAUGGACAAGUCAAGGUUUAUCUUACUGACACUGGAGAAGAGGCUGUACUGCUGCAGGAAUGGCUCAGACUGCGCAUGAUCAGGUCCCAGGUCCCUAGGAUAGUCGAUGCAGGUAAGGUUUCGGUAAACUGUGCUUACACAGGAUACCCACGCGGCUUAACUGGAAAGCCAGUGCACAUAAAUGUAAGCGCGCUGUUAGGAAUGGUUGCACAAUGCUGUGGCAGAAAAAUUUUCGUCCAGUAAGAAAGAAAUAAAAAGGGAUCGUUUUAAUAGGAUGAACUAAAUUGACAUUUUGUUUGUCAGGAUAGGGCCCUCUAGAUGUGAACUCAAUUAAACGUUUGAGUUUCUUUUCAGCCUUGAAAGAGUUGAUGCCAUCUCAGCUGGUGUUGUUUGCCCAGUCGUUUGGAAUUCCUGUCAACAGCAUGAGGUAUGAACUUAGAGAUGCUGUUUGUUUGAAGCCGGGGGUUUGAAAUCAUUUGGGAAACAGAAUGAUAGAGUUCUAGUGAUCAUAUCUGAUCAAGGAAAUAGUUCUGCGUUUCAGAUUGGCUCAAAUCCCCCGUUUAAUUCUUCAUAACCAAGUAACUGCUAACUUUAGAAGACGUUGGCAAUAUAAGAUAGGUAUGCCUAUGCACACAGCUGCAAAAAUUGCGAAAUUUGCAAGAAAAAUGAUAAAAAAUUCGUCAACUCAGUGAAAAGCAAUGCAAGUGAAAGAUUGGAAGGGCCCUGACUAAAACUGCGAUUUUUGCGAAAAUUUGCGAAACCUUGGAAAAUCCGCAAAAAUUAGAAAAUUUGUUGAAUCAGUGAAAAGCAGGGGAAGAAUUGUUUGAGUUAAAAUGUCUAAACAAUGAAAGCCCAGACCAGAGCCCAAAGCCAACGAGGAAAACUCCCUUUCUGCAGUCGAUUGUUGACAUUUGUGUACUUCUGCUUUUCAGCAAACUUCUCCAGCAGCUGGACAAAGCUGCUCAGGAGGACCCUGUGGGGAUAGAGGAAGCCGUGUUAGACAAAGGUUAGUGAGCUUGUCGCGUAAAUUAAUGAAAGAGCUUCAUUGGAUUGCUUUGAGGGAUAAUAUUAUACCGGCUGUAUCUGUUAAAAUUUAAGCCCGAGUGUACUGCCGUUAGGGCCGCGAAUUCGCCCUGUAUGGGAUUUAGUUCGGGUGUCAAUAAACCAGCGACUCAUUUUCAUGCUCAGCAUCUCCUCUUUAGUUACAGAUUGUGUUUGUUUCUUUUUUCCUUAGCCAAAACAGAGAACGACAACUAAAUAUCCUUAGUCGGCAUUUUACGCACACAUUCGUGUGUAUUACUGAAGUAAUACACACGAAAUCUUUUGUUACUUUUGUUUUUGUUAUCGAAACCUUUAAGACGAGGACGACUACGAGUACGAGAUUUUCUCAGUAGUAAGUAGUGCGCGCGUGAACCAGCGUCAUUUUGGCGGGAAAACGUGAUAGCCGUCGUCAUUUCACUUCGAGUUUUUGCAAGAUUGUCGUAGCGGCAGAAAUGUUAGAAGUUUUAUCAUUCUGUGAUCGGGAGAGGGCUUAACCUCCUUCAAUAAACAUAACAGUGCUAACUUAUCUGGUGAAUCAAAAGUACAAUGACGCUUUCCGGUGUGCCAUUUUUUUGAGAAUACGCGAAAAAACUUUCAGUCAAAUCUCGUCCUCGAACAGGCUUUGGCGAAAAUGUCGUAGUGGCGGAAACAAGGUAUCAGCGGUUAGAAAUGUUAUUAUUUUGUGAUCGAUAAAGGGCUUAACUUCCUUCAAGAAAAAACGACCUUGCUAACUUUUCUGAUGAAAAAAGUACAAUGGAGUUUUCCGGGGUGUCGAUUUUUUUAGAAUACGCGAAAAAUGAAAAUUCGCCCUAGUCUUCGAAUCUAAGUGUCUCUCCAAAUUCCAAUUCGUUGCGGAGCAUGGUAGACGAAGAAGCACUUUGUGGGUUUGCCACCACUGAGGCGUUACUUAGUUUAAGUCUUCCUUGAGUGCAUUUAUUGUCUUUGUUUAGGUUACAUGGUUCAGCUUGUUGAAGUUCAGCAGCUCCGUGGAGCUGUUGGUGGGGACAUGUUCUGCUGUUUGCUGACCGAGGAACCACCUUCUAAGAAAGAAAGUAAGUUUUCAUUUCUUUGUAAUAGUCGUGGGUACGUAUUCAGGGGAGAAAAGCAAUUUCCCGAAGUGUCUUUUUCGCAACGCAUUAUCUGUGAUGGACGCGUUCACACUCAAGUGUGUUUCCCGCGGUAUUCGACUCGUACAGUGCGUCGCUUAUGCUGGAAAUUUAAUGACUAGUCGUCGAUUUGUCGUAAGAAACCCGAGACAAACAUUGGGGAGCAAGGGUGGCGCAGUGGUGAGGGCACUCGCCUCCCACCAAUGUGGCCCGGGUUCGAAUCCUGGCGUCGACGCCAUAUGUGGGUUAAGUUUGUUGUUGGUUUUCUCCCUUGCUCCGAGAGGUUUUUCUCCGGGUACUCCGGUUUUCUCCUCUCCUUUAAAACCAACACUAACAAAUUCCAAUUCGAUCUGGAACGCACGGACACGUUUCAACGAGUUCUUAUGAACUCCUUAGUGAUCCGUGGGUAAACAAAUUACAAUUUACAAUUUUUUACAAUUUUUACAAUUUACAACAUCUCGACAUCUCGGUAGCUGUCAAGGGUGCUUCCUUGGGAAAUACUAGCGUAACCGUAGUUAUGUCCCACAGUAAAUGUUCGCUGGGAAGGUGCAGUCGUCACAAAUGCAGUUUUAUCAGAUCGUUCACUUAGUAAAAGGCCUUGUCCUGCAGGAAAAGGCUCAUUCUAAACGCAAUAAGUUUCUCCCAUUGUAAAGCCUUUUUGCAUGUUGUUGGCUAUCCCAGAAUUUGGACCACGACAAUUGAGAUUGCGGUCAAUUAGCCUGUGAACAACCUCUCCAUUUGAGGAAAGGGAGGUAAAUAUCGGAGGGGAUUGGAAGAGGGGGAGUGCGUGGGGCCUUUCCCUUCUCCCUGGGAAGUUGGCGGGGCCUUUCCGCUCUCACUGGUAAGUAGUUGGGGCCUUUCCCCUCUCCCUGGGAAGUGGGUGGGGCCUUUCCCCUCUCCCUGGUAAGUGGGUGAGGCCUUUCCCCUCUCCUUGGGAAGUAGGUGGGGAAUUUUCUCCUCUCCUUGGGAAGUGGGUGGGGCCUUUUUCCUCUCCCUGGGAAGUGGGUGGGGCUCUCCCCUCUCCCUGAGAAGUGGGCAGGGCCUUUCCCCUCUCCCUAUAACUAGCUAGUCGUUAUCCCUUUUUCCCUACCAUGGAGUGUGGUCCCAGGCUAGCCGGCAAAACGAGAACGACUUUUGAUAUACGUCUACAAUAGUGAGGAGAGAGCAGAGAUCUUCCGGCCUAAGUUGUUACCGAGACAAUACAACACAGUCCACCAGCCCACUGUCUGUAUGUUCACCUAUCGCUAGGGAGGAUAUGUGGGGAGGAAGACAUAUGUCUCUUCAAAGAUUUGCCAAACCUCCAACUUAGUUUUAAUAAGCAAAGGUGAUGGGCAAAUCAAAGAUGGUUCUUCCCAUACGAUGACGACAGCGAACAACAUUAUCUUAUUAUUUAACCCCAAUUUAGUUAUUAUUACACGGGAGGUUUUGACUAAUUUGCAAUUCGUAUUUUCGAGUUUUCCUGCCCAUCCUCAUAACCAGCGUUGUGUCACAGGUGCAGAUUUGGAGUCCCUGGAUGGUGGUAUAACUCCGCUACCACUCGCUACUGCUGCUCCGUCUCUACCUCCUAAAGACGCGUCAAUGAGGUUUGGCAUUUCGUAUUUAUUUAUUUAUUUAUUUAUUUUAUUUUGUAGUUUGUUUGAUUUUUGUUUGUUUGUUUGUGUGAUAAAAUAUUUUGUAUCUUUAUUGCAUUUUCUGCUUGAGGCUCAGUAUGAAGAAGUGGUGUAAUCCACUGAAGCUUUCAUGCAUUUCAUUUGGUACUGCUGAGGUAGCAUGCCAAUACAGCUGCUGGGAAUUUUUGGCGGGGAGCGAUGAGAUGCGGCUGUAUUUACAGGCUAUCGAUGAGGGGAAUAGACAUUUACGAUUUAUCCCUCAUGCUUUUUCCUUUACCGUAAACUGCCGCUUAUAACCAUCCCGCCCCCACCCAAGUUAUAGGUCCAUCGGGUUAUAAGCUCCCCCUGACAGGUGUCCCCCACCACUGAGCACUGCUAUAGCUUGUUUCGAGUGCUUUUCUUAUUCCGGUUAUAAAUCCCCUCGGAUUUUAGCCCCUCCGUACAUAAGCUCUCCCAACACCCCUUACGAAGAUGUAUAAGCCUAGGGCUUAAAAGCAGCAGUUUAGUCUACAAUAUUCUCAUUACCCUCAUUUUUAAUUAAGCUGUGAUAUUGUAUGGAGAAAUUACAUAGCGGUCACUAUUUAGCGCCUAACAGUUAGUCAAGCAAAAUCCCUAAAAACAUUUGCAUGUUGUUUUAGUGUCGAUGAUACCGAAACCAAUCAGCAGAUGGCUGCCAAAGUAGUCAAGGUAGGACGAACUUACAGUAACAUUCGUUUAAUGUGCGGUGAUUUUUUCUUUCUCAUUUAUUUACGGAGCUGAACAUUAACCAUUCUCUAUUUACUGGGACAAAAAAGGCAUUCAAUGUAUUUUUGAUGUUAACGACAUGUACGACGUAUGUCACAUUUGGACUUAGUGUGAGUACUCGAGUUCCAUGAGUUCGCCCGUAGUUCAAAGGUUAGAGUGCCCAAACGGUGUUGUGGCGAUUUUUGGGUUCGAUUCCUUUUAUACUAGUAGACUCGCUCGUUUUUUUCAAGCGACACUAUUUUUCCUUCGUCCCUUCCCAUGAGUCCCCGCGCGCUUCAGCCUAACCCCAGUCUUCUUUCACCCCAAAUACACAUAAACAGCGACUGGGUACGAGUCUCUAUGCAACUCUAACGUAAUAAUUUUCCUCCUCGCGGAGGCUUAAGGCUACAAAGAUGCUUCUCUGUUUGUCUUGUAGAUUUUCUUGUCUCCUGAGGAUGUUAUAACUGAAGAACAAAGGAUUAUUGAAAAUCGUGUGCAAAAGGUGAACUCACGUUGAAUUGAAUCUUAAUAACUGGGGCCAAUAAAAAGUCGUUUACGAUGGUCCGCCUUAACCGCUAACUUCUUACGUUCAGCCCAGUCAAACUUGGCCCCUGUAAGGUUAUCCAAGACAGUCUUGGAUUCCUGAUUCUAACCGUUAGCGAAAUUCCGGAUUCCAAGGCCCAGGAUUCCGGAUUCCACAAGCAAAAAUCUCCCCGGAAUCUAGAGUCUGGAUUAUAUUACAUGGGUGACAAACUCUUUAUUUUAUUACCAGACAUAAUCGGUUACGGUUGACGUAGGUUUUAUGUGACUGGCCACAUUAAAAUAGCAUUUUCGUUAAUUGCGAAGACAGUUUUAAGAUCACGCAGUGAACAUCAUCGCGAAGUAUUGCUUGGUAUCUUUCACUUGAUGAUCACACUUGGCUAUUUUGUGGAACAACUAGUUCAAGUUGAAGAUUUAAGAAUGUAACCCCCCAGCAGCACGACGUUUAUCUAGUAAGUUAGAAUAUUGUUCGUUGGAUUUUGUUUUAGGCUUUGACCAAGGAAGUUAUCAGUGCGAACCGUGGGGAGAAUCCACAAGACUCGCUGGCGGAAAACAUCAUGCACAAGUUUGUCGAGGUUGCCGUGAAAGUUUUUAUUCACUAAAACUAGUUUGAUAAAUUUAUUUUGUUUACAAACGGUUACGUAAAGCCACAGCAUUCGCAUGUUCCAGUCAUAACAAAUGUAAGUAGCUAAAGAACCUAUCAGGUUUUGAAGCAGAUUUCUGUCGUCUUCGCUAAGCGCGGGAAAGCAUGCAUUUGGUGCCAAACGCGGGAAACGAACAAUGGCGGGUUGAAGCUUGCAAGAGGUGCAAGGUGAUGAAUCUGAUUCGCUAGUUCGUAGUGAUUGACGUUUCGCGAGCAACCGUUUCGCGCGGGUGUGGUUUACCGUAAAUGGCCUAAUAAACGCCCACUUCCAGAUAUACGCCUCUUAUCUAAAAACGCCGCCUGUCUAAUAGUCGCCCCCCAUGACAAUCACUCCAAAAUACUUGGAAUUAGCAAAAAGGAGCAAAAUUAUUCAACUCAUUCAGUUUCUUGCUUGAUUAACAAGGCUUUGCGGAUUUCAUCUUGUUAUGUGUCAAGUUCAAAACGAGGAUGGACUAACGAUGGCAACACAAUAACCCUGAGCGAGGAUUCUAACGUCGAUGUUGGAUUUUAAGAAAGCGAUAUGGGUCUCUAGACGGCCUAGACGUAUCAAUCCGCUAUUUUUAAACUUUCGUAAUAUUUUCGCCGAAAGCAGGUUCUGAGUUUUGUUCAGCUUGUUACAGCUAUGAGAUUGAACGCCUUUCUCUUUUAAACGCCUCCUAUCAACUAAUCGUCCCCGCUUGGACCCCUACAAUUAAAUAGACCCUCUGGGCGUUUAUUAGGUCCUUCAAGGUAUACUGAAACAGAUUUUGACCUCUGCUUCUGUAAGUUUUAUCGAUCAGUCAGUCGAAAAGAGUCGAAAGCAAUACAGAAGGGAAGUUUUUCCUUCAAAAUAAAAAUACUAAAUUGGAUGCAUAAUUUCAUGCAUAAUUUCUAAAAUCAUUUCGUCAUCUAACUCUCUUUCCCUGCUCUUUGUAGAUCCUAGGUUCAGAUCAUGGCCAGAAGUUUGUUGAUGGAUUGUCUAAUAAGGCUGCUUUCUCCUGUCCUCUGCUUAGACUUUUCAAGUCAAGACAGGUACCACUCAGUCUGUUGCUGUGCUUUAAUCCGUUGAUUUCUGAUAACCUUUUUCAGCUUUUUAAAGGCCUUGAAGUUCUCUAGAAUACAUACUCUUUUAUUUUUUUUCUCAAAAAUUUGAAAACGUUACCAGUCAAAAUUGAAACGGAAAUAGAGGCAGUCAGCAACGAUAGUUGAUGGUCUCUCGCGGUCUGAACUCGAGAUUUUUUCUAGUAUUUUUGAAUUUUUCCACGCCUGCGCAGUAUUGAAGAGAAGCAUCAGCCCAAAGAUCAAUGGAAAAAGAGAUCCUGGCGUAAUUUGUUUUCCUCGGUCUCUCGAGUGCAAUUUCCCAAGAAACCUUGCCGGAUAUGGACGUUUUAAAGACCUUCAAUGUUAUUGCAUUUGCAUUAGUAAGUACCAAGAAAGGCAUGCUGUUGUAAAAAACAAAAUCAGUAAUAAACGACAGUUAGUUGUAUAGAUUUGUAUAUAUUUAUGAAAUAUAUUACAUUUUGACAUCGUGUCGUGGUUUUUAAGACAAGGAAAGUUGUUGAAGAAUUAAUGUUACCCCUCAAAAACAAUUAUAUGUAAAACAGGAAAAAGCGUUUUUGUCUGUCUUAGGCUUGUCAUACUUAACAAAGUUGAAAGCAAUACGCCAGCUAACUUUAAACUUGUUUUGAUUGAUUUUUAGACAGCACUGGAAAAGAAAGGCGUGGAUUGUAGUUUUGUAAAAACUAUCAGUAAGCUUGCCAGUUACAGUCUUAAAGGUAUGUCAGUUCCGUGUGUAGUGAAGGGUGUGUUAUUUUCAGUUUCCAAGUAUCAUACUUCCAUUGAGUCCUUAACCUUUCAUACCGGUAAUCUGUUUGUAGGCGGGGCGUUAGGUGUCGCCAUUUCACAGUACAAGAAGCAGCUGGGAAUCACGGAACAGAAACAACCAGGCAAGAAAAUUGUUGCUGUUUAAUUUGAAUUCACAUUUGGAUAACGCGUUUCUUUCCACGGUUGUCACUCCUUUAUCCACUGGAUUAAUCUCUGUCCAGUGGACAACGCAGUUGGUUUCCCUAAUAUUUGUCCGGCAGAUAGUGUUUCACCCUAUGGAUAGCGCUACCCAACGUUUAAACAACCGGGAACAGGGGUGAAUUCAAUGAAGCAUUUACAAGCACAAGCGUUUUUAGCACAAGUGCAGUUAUUGGUUUAGAGUUUGGAAACAGUACAGAGCUUAAGAUUUGAGGACGAGUACGAGUACGAGAUUUAACUUAAAGUUUUUGCACGUGUUCUCGAAAAAAGGACACCCCGAAAAGCUUUAUUUUACUUUUUUUUCACUAAAAAAAGUUAGUACGGUUAUUUACACUGAAGGAGGUAAAACCCUCCCCCGAUAGCAAAAUGAUAAAACUUCCAACAUUUGAUAACUUGUUCCCGCCACUAUGACAUUCUCACUAAAACUCGUAGUAGAAUGACGACGGGUAUUGUGUUUUCCCGCCAAAAUGACGCUAGUUCACGCGUGAGCAAUACUCAGUAUUGAGAAAAUUUUAUACUCGUAGUCGUCCACGUCUCAGAAUCUAAAGCUCUCUAAUAGCUACAACUUUAAGGUGGCUCCCUAGAGUAAAUUGGUCGUGCGCAGCCUGAGCACUAGUAUGGCGCGAGCUUUAAAAUCUGCGCGACGUCCACGCAAAAAUAAAACAAACAUGGCCUCUCAGUUUCGAAAUAUUCCACCCCAAAAAACUUUAUUAACUUUCUGUUGAAGCUCAUUGUGUAAAAAGUUUGGUUAGUGUAACACCGGUUACAAGUCACUAUCGAUCUCCGUAAGAGUAAAUUAUAUGUGAAAACGAAGCAGAAAUUGUCCAAAGACAUCAAUUCUUUCGCUUCAAAAGUAGACAAACGUAAAAUAGUCGAAGUAAAUGGUGAAUGGAAACUUUGCAAAGAAAACAAGGUGUAGACGUUUUAAUGAAUUGACCCUAGUAUCUACUUUCGUCUUGUAAGAUAGCUCCUUGGUCUCCUUAACCCUUAAAAGCCCCUGUAUCCACAUACGAAUUCUCCAGACUGAUUUCAAUACAUUUCCUUAAGGAACUAAUUUGAGAGACUUUGACAAAACAUCAGAGCAUUUUCCUUAGGUGAUCAUUUCAGUAAUUGUGAUAACUUUUUGUUUUCUUUGUUAUGUAUGGAUGUUGUCAAGAGAAAGUUGAUGUUAUUCCCUCUUGGGACUGGAAGUGUUAACAUAACGUAUAGCUUGUGAGGGAAAAAAGGGAACGAUCGCCAAAGAUAAAUUAUAUGAUUGUCACAACAAGUUCCGCUCAUCAGCAGCAUAAAGGUUUACAGAGUAUGAAGAAAAGGGGGUUUUCACAUGUCGUCAAGGCAACCAUAUUAGGGAGCUUAAGCAACAACGACAGCGACGGCUACAGGGGUUCGCCUUGCUUCAAAAUUUAUCGCGCAUAUUCCAUCUCGUUCAAUUCGUCAAUUUUUGGCAAAUUUUUCUGGAGUUAAAUUCGAAAAUACUGUAUCGAAGUCCAAGAAAAGAAUAAGAAAUUCGUUGUCUUGUGUUCACGUCCUCGACUAAUGCUGUUUUGACGUUCUCGUUGACGUCGCCGUCAUCGUUGCCUUAGCUCCCUAUUGCUGUUCAAGAACAAUGAAACGGCGGCCAUGUUGGCGUCCCAAACGAAUCCUGUAGGGGUUCCUUAAACGCUUUCUUUUGUCUCCAUGAAUUUACAUAGAUGCUGGCCGCAUGGGUGAAAACGCUCUAUAAACUUAUUAAUAUUGGUUUACUGUCAUACUUGAAGCUUACCAAGAUUUUUUCCCCGUCAGAUGACACAAUCCUCGAACAGCUAGCUUCAGACAACAACACUGGUGACAUUGCCCUUGUUAGAAAAUUUAUUUCCGCCUCAAAAGAUCGCGCGGUUAAACCAGAAUCUGUUACUGUGGAUUCGGCAGUGAAAGGUUUGUUAGAAAGUUCCUUUUCCAGAAUUGUUUAAUUUGUAUUAAAAUGGUAAACAAAUUUGACUCUAGUCUUCAAUAAAUGGGUAUGAGUAUGUAGUGUUCCAUCUAAGAGAUUUAAAUACAGGAUGUCGCCUGUUUUCGCGGGUUUAAAUUUCCCAGUGUACCUUUAGCUCGAUUUUUGUGACGUCAUUCGGCUGCCGCCAUUACAGAGUUUUAACUUUAAGUUUUCUCGCAUAAGAGGUUCUUCAGUACAGCAAAUAUUCUCCUCCGUCGAUUUGUCUUCUUGCUGUUCUUGCCAUGUUUUUAGUUAAUAGUUCGCCUAUUUCUUCCCCGAGAAACGAGUGAAAUGUUCCGCCAUUUUGUACUCACUACCAAAACAACUAAACCUCGUCCCCAGUUCGUCUCGGUUAAGUGUUUAGUUUUCUGGCAGUUAUACUGCACAAUUGACGUGAAUUUUGACAUAUCGCAAAAUUCUUUGACAGUAGCAGGAUACGAUGAAUUAUGCGUGGGAUUUUAGCCAAUCAGAAACAGAGAAAUAUUUUGAAUGAAUAAUGAUUUGUUUUAACUUUCCUUCGUGAAUUAUUAAGCAGUUUACAUUGUUCAUUUCAGCUUGUUUGAAAGUGAGGAAAACAAACUCUCCGCUUUUUGAGGAUUUGGUCCAGGCUAUUGUGGAAACGCUUAUAUCUGGGCACAGCAGAACUGACUCGAAGUCCGCGUCUGCAUGGACUCCUCAGCAGUCUCUCCCCUUGAAAACAUGCUCAGAAAUCCUUGUUCAGCUGUUGGAACAGUCCAAUGACUCUGAUCCAUCGCUUGAUCACUUGGUCAGUGGUCUGUUAGUAGAUUGGUGCGAGAUUGUGGACCCGGAAAUUGUUCAUGUGCAUCCUCUUCUGCAGAGAAUGCUCUUGUUUCGAGACAGACUGAGCAUGCCCAGUUGUGAUAGGUCACUGACCAGUCACGAAGAGCGCUCGCCGUCCGCGUCUCUGUUGAGCUUGCUAACACACCGGGCACGCUGGGAAACCUUGCAGGACUGCUUGGACUGGCUUUUGGGUCAUAACGGUGACGAAAACAGGUAAAAUACGGCGCAACAGCUAAAAGGUCUCAAAGACCUCGCUAGAAGGUCAAACAUUUUGGUCCAACUUGAUGUUUGUCACACCCAACGUAAGUGAGCCAAAGAUGUUUGAUCGGUGUAAGCCCACAUAACUCUUAAAACGUAUUAGUAUAGAUUAGUAUAGGUAAUAGCAUGAUUUGUAGUGAUAUUUGGCAUAAAUACCACGAGUGAUAUUUCGAAAUUGUUUUACGUAAUAGAACAGCUCGUUAAAUUUGAGACAAUUUGAAAUAUCACGAGUGGUUAUUAUUUGUUUAUACUACUAUCUGCAAAGGGUUUGUAAUUUUCACAUGUGGGUAUUUCAAAUUAAGCUGAAAUAUCACUGCUCUAAGCCAAUCAAAUUGCAGUAAUUUCUUAUGUAGUAGUAUAACCACUGAAAUUAUGGCUUUCUGAUUGGUUGGUUUUACCCGCUUGGGCUUACAGUCGAACCUCUCCGCAACGGCCACCUUUGGGACAGAAAAAAGUGGCCGUUGACGGUUGUGGAGAGGUGGCCGUUAUGGGGAUGUAGGGAGGUAGUAUGACACAUUUUUCAGGGAGUACAACAUGUUUAUUGUGCUAACUUCAUGCUUGCUGUGUCUCAUAAUAGUAAUCCAAUCAUAUACAAUAAUUAUAUACAGAUACAAUACCCAAAAACUUGACUGUCAUCAAAACGGUGGAUGAAACAACGAAAGCCAAUUAUUUAAAUGCGAUGUCGAGAUAGGCAGCUAAACGAAAAAACAUGCCCUUCCAACACGAUGUUGGACGAAAAUGUUUGAUCUUUUAUCUGGGGCUUAACAAUCAAGCAUUUGUCCAUUACGAAAAAUGUUCAAUGAAAAUGUUUCAUUUAAACCCAACAUGGGAAACCAGCUAACGGCAAAGUUGAAGAAGGUAGUAAAACAGCCAAGCAUGCUCUUCCGCGACGGGGCUGAACAAAGAUGAGUGUGUGAUUAUUUAGCUUUGGUUUGGUUAGGAAAAAAAUUAUUUAUUAACUGGAUGAGUGACCUUAAAGGAGGUAGUCUGCUGUCGACGUCUAAUUAUUUAGUGAACGAAUGCUUUAUUAUCCAGAGCCACCUAAACGGAAACAAGGGAUGAUGCGUAUGUUAACUAAAGGGGUCGUUCAGAAUAAGUAAGUACUCUCUCGACUUUCGCUGUUAAUUUAUUUGUUUCUUUUUCUGUUUUUUUAAGGCUCAACCCAACCGCCGCUUUAGAUUUUGUGUGGACGUGUUUCCACAGUCCCCGGCUCUGGCAAGGAAGGGAUCAAAAGUCUACUGCUGUGGGCAGCCAAGGAACAAAUUCCGUACGUUCAUUCAUCUUCUUUAAUUGCACUUGUAUUUGUGGCCGGGCGGUUAUAUGAAAAAGUUGUUUGGUUACAAAUGCAAAUUAAGUCUUGCGUUACUUUAUUUUGCUUACAAGUUCAUAGAUAACUUUAAAACCAAAAGAAAUGGGUUUUUUUACAGAAUGGUUUCAAAUACAGAAAAAAUUUACAAACCUUUUGAAGAAAUGUACCCGCAGUAGCUAAAUCAAUACUUUUAUGUUUAUCGGCAAGAAAACGUAACGGCUCUUCGGUCAUUUGCGCGCCAAAAUUUUUAUCGUUGGCAGCAAUCAAGGAGUUAAAAAUCAUCAUUUUUGGCUCAAUUAUCUCACUGUUUUAGUUUAUACUAAAACAAUUAUUCAUUUCAUUGUCGGUGGCUAGUGAUGGAUAUUUAUCCCACUAGCCACCUCCACUUCUGUGAAUAAUUGUUAUAUAUUAUCCUACAACCCUUAGAUCCAUUUGAGGUUGUGUGAAAUACUUCUCUUUUUUUUUUCUUUUUCUCUCUCUUGAAGGCUGUGUUUGAAGAACCUGUUUUGGAUUUAAAUCCAGCCCAGAUCUCUUCUCUGACCAGUUUAAUUUUAUCCGAGCUUUCUAGCAAUGUUGAGGAGUGGUGUUUGAAAAAAGGUACGUCAAGUUGAUUGCUUCACUUUUGGCAUGGGUAAGAGUCUUAGUCUUAGACCAAGAAGACGUAUCUUAACUUUUUCUUUUCUUUUAAGGUACCACUUACACUGACUUUCUUGAACAAACGAAAGAUGGCAAAACUCCAUACGUGUCAGAGGAAAUAAGGUACGGAUCGAAACGUAAGGAAAAAAGGGGUGAAAGUUGAGAAAUGAAAAUUGAACUUGAAAAAUAAGGAACGGUUUCAGCGGAAUAGCAAUCGCUCAGCGCAAAUCGUUAUUCACAGACUGUACACCCCUAAGCCACUUCCAUCUCUGUAGUUUUACACUUUGUCAUCAAAAAAAUUUGUUCUGUUUUUCUCUGCAGAACCUUUUUAGCCUCGGUGAACAUUUAAAAAUGUAGUAUUCUACUGAACUAGUUCGGAGAAACGGUAGUCUCUCUUCUUCUCUUUGGAGAUCUCAUUAAUCCAUCGCAAUGUUUAUUCGUUUGACCAUGAAGACCUUGUUGCGAGGUAGUGGUACUGUUAGUAACAAGAUUUAUACCACGGUUAGAUUGCUUUAACAAUUAUUGCGGGCGACAAGAGGAGCCCGCAAUCCUAAUCUCCAGGUUGUUAUUACGCAUGCGUCGCAUGUAUGCAGCCAGCAUUCGUUUGGACUUCGACUAAGAAUGAAUGGGAUGCACAAAACGCAAUUUAAUCACGCGCGUUUCGACCUUCUACCCCUCGUAGUCUGAUCACGCGUGUUUUGACCAUCUCUCACGUGAAACUUACGCAAAGCGCAGCGUUGGAGCAAAUGCGUUUGGACCUCUGAUCGUUGUUGCCCGCACUCCCUAAUCUUUGGUUAUUGAUAGUUUAUUCCUUCAUCUCUUUAUUUUAGAGAGAAUGUAGAGCAGUUUGCUUCGAAAGUUAUCGCAGCUCGACUUCAGUUAGUCUCGUUGUGUUGCCAUGGUGACAAGGGGAAGAUUCAAUCCGUUGUCCGUUGUACAUUGAACAGUAAAAGGUAUUUGUGUUAGAAUUUUUUUCUCUGACCCACAGAUUAUGGGUCACGCAACGCUCCUUGUCGAUCGAGUAGGAGCGUUGCGUGACGUCCCCAAAUGAUGGCUACGUAGCGUACUACCUGCGUGCAGACGUGUCUGAUGUAUGUGUCGUUUUUUUGUGUCAUGAAAUGGAGAUAAGGAACGUCUGCACUCAGACUAGAAAGUAUGGGAUCUUAAAAGCUUUUUUUUCUCUCGCUAGGUGGUCGAAAUGGCUAACAGCCCAGUUUCUUGUUCAACUUUAUCUCGCACAGCCGAGGGUGAUGAGGAGUAUUAAAGAUUUCCGUUCCCUAACAACUUCCGGAACAAUCACUCAAUCCAGUGUUUGUCAGGUAAGAAAUCAAGUCUCCCUUGCAUAAUUUUUUGUACUUUUUAUUUUCUCAAUUUCAUAUAAAAUACAAUAUUUUAUAACGCUGACAAUAAUGAGAAGAUAGAUAAGAUAUAAUGAAACUUAUUUUCUCCAGGCUAAAAUAGGAAGUACAAAGAGAGGAAACGGGAAAACUUUGCUUACAACCUGGCAAAGUAGUGCUAAAAUCUUUUAAGAUUUGUUGUUGUAGACUGACCUCGUUAGCGGGCACGAUGGUAACUUCUUCAGACAGUGACCUCAUUAUUCUCCAAACUGAUUCGAGUAUCGUUGGUACUAUUAAUCUUACCUCGGUUCAUAGUCCUGUGGUCUAACUUAACUGUCGUUUGACCUUUUCAUUAGUUGGAUGUCCUGUGUCACCGUGUAUUGACAACUCUGGCUGAUUCCAAGCCGGGCAAAGAAUAUGAAGAUAGAGCCUAUAACACAAGUCUGUUGCUACGGAAACUGGCCUGUCAACAUCCCAUGCUGCUUCUUAGGUAUGUUAAAAUGUAGGCUGAUUGCCCGGGGAGGGGUGCUUAAGGGAAGUUUUGGUAGAGGGGUGCCGCCGAGGCCUUCAACCCUGAUCCUGUUCACAGGGUUCGUACAUACUCUUGAAUUCUUGAAAAAGUCUUGAAAUUUGCUCAGUAAUUUUCCAGACCUGGAAAAAGUCUGUAGAAUGGAGAUAAGGUCUUGAAAAUUAUUAAAAGUGCCUUAUAAGUAAAAAUUUUUUUCGUUUUGGUCAAAUCUUGUCCAAUCUCGCCCGUACGUUUGCAGCGCAUCUAGACUUUCUCAAAGCCCGUUUUCGGUUUCUGCCUUCGCGAGAGUCCCCCGCGCCUUUAGUGCUCAUGCAGUCGACUUGUGGCAGGUCUAAAGCACAUCAUGAAAAACCGGGUUUGUUCCUGCGUUUUUUAAGGUCUUAUAUUGAUCACCUAUUUGAUAAUUUUGAAUCUGGAAAUGGAAAUUAUUGCUUUGGAAAAAAGUCUAGAAAAAGUCUUGAAUCGUGCAUCCAAAAAUCUGUACGAACCGUGUGUGUAAGUUUAACAUCCUGUUUAAGGCAAGAGACCUGCUUUAUGAGCCCGAUUCAUUUCGUUUCGCAUACACAAUUAAGCAAUUUUUCAAGCUUAUAUCUAGCCUGCAGAGCAGGCGUUUUUUAACGAAAACUCGGAGGUACAUUGAUCGUGGCCGCCAUCUAGAAAAGCAACGAAAAAGACUAAACCCAUCUACCUCUCCCUUAAAAACACUUUUUGACUCGUCCCAACUCUCUGGUAGUAUUGACGUUUAAGAUGGCGGAACAACGUCAUUCCUGAAAACAAUUCAUGGAUCCCGCUUAAAAAUACGCCUGCUUUGCAGGCUAGCUUAUAUCAUGGCGGAACUAGAUUGUUUUUGGAUUUAAUUGCUGGUAACACAAAUGUAGACCGCUCAUCUCCAACCUUCAGUCUCUUUUAAAGGCUUCCGAUCCAAAACACACCUUGUUCAAGGCGCAAAAUAGUAAAAUUGCACACCCAGUUUAAGAGUCAAGACCCAGAAAGCCAUAACCUAUUCAGUGGUGCAUACCCGUGUAGGCCAAAUAUGGGAAUUCUUCCCUCCCCCUGGGGCUGAAGGCAAUAUUCCUGAGCUUAAAUAUGCAAAAGAGAUCAUUAGCAGUAUCGAUCAAGGAUAAGCAAUGUUCUUUGUAGUUUUCUAAUCGUUGCACUUUUAGGUCUAAUAAAGAUCCUGACAAAGUUUAGGCUUGAUGUGGGAUUUCAAUCCUAUCCUUUUCGAUAAGCGGACGCGGAGUUAGGCUAAAAUGAUUCCAUUUUGUUCUCUCUAUGAUCAUGCCCUCGGGAGGAUUAAUUAGUCUAAUUGGGCAUUUUCUAUCUCCAUAAAACCUUUUCUCGCUAUAUAUUCUAAUCCGCUACCCCGCUCAAACGAAUAUAAAACUUUUAUCAUGUAAUAAGCAACCACAAUGGGGGUGUGUCAACACGAGCCUUGUGCAAGCCUCUUUAUUAUGCCUUCAUCAACAAAAAGGAUAGGGAUGAUACAACAAACAGAAUGAAAACUUGGAAAUGUAAAAAAUCCAGCAAGAAAAACAUUUUACAAAACGAUCUAAACUAUGUUCGUACAACAAUCAUACCGUAAACGUGGUAAACCUUUCAUACAGCAGCUUGCAAAAACUACGUCCAAGAGAAACUGAUAACCCCUGGCCACUGGGUAUUUAAUUUUGAGGUCGUAGGGAAGGUUGUAAGACGCGAAAGAAUAUAAAUGGCAACAACUCAAAUAUACAUAGCCUACCGCUAAUGAAGCAAUUGUAACAGCAUACCGUGCGACAACCCAAAGAAAGGGUUACAUAACCCAUGAUAAGUACAUUUCUUUUUGUUGCUCUUGUUAUUUUUCAACAGCUCCUUCUCAAAUCAUUCGAUGCAUAAGUUUGUCUAAGUCACCAUGAUUUCAAAACUGCUCGCCAUGUUGGACAAAACCGAGAAAAGAAUAUUUGUUGUUUGUGAUCUUGUUGUCAGUUGAUCGUUUGUACCGGUCUAAAUGCUUUGUACUCUAUAAUAAUUAUAAUAUUGUUGUAGGCACCUCCCGAUGAUAGCUGCACAACUGAGAGGUCGAGUUCAUCUCAAGUCUAAAGAAUUUACAAACCAGCAGCAUCUGCUCAUGUUUUCUCACAUCUUGGGAAUGUUGGAUCUUCUCAGGCCCCAUAUCUUCAGACAUGAUAAGGUUUGUCUUCAUCCUUAGGCGAAAGCCGUUAAGGACUAAGAGAAAUUACUUACGAAGGAGUUCAUGUAAUAUGUUAUUGUGUAUCCGGAUUACAAUCACUGCAGUGGUUUUUGUUGUAUUGUUGUUGUUUUUUUGUUAUUUAUUUAUUUAUUUAUUUAUUUGUGAUUUUUGUUUUGUUGUUUGUUUGCUUUUAUCCAUAAAAAUUGCUAAUGAGUUUGAGAAGCGAAGCCGGACUUUCAAUUUAUGUCUAUGUCCCUUAAACAGUCAUUUUUAUCGUGAAAUUCCCGAUCACCAAACCGUAAACCGUAAAUAAAUAACCUUAUAAUCGCCCACUCGCCACUGAACGUCCCAUAUCGUAUUAACCCCUCCCCCAUGAGUCCUAAUUACCUCAUCGCUACUUUCUAGACCAAUCGGAAUUAAAACCAAACCUGAACGUGACUUGCUGUGAACUGUUUUCCCGCGCUUGGCUUUGAGACUCAACGGCUGUUUGAAUAUUGUUUUAACAGCUAAUUCAAGAGGGCUUACGGGACAUUUUAGAUGCUUACUUUGGUCUUAUCCAGGUAAGACAGUAAAACCGACGAUAUUUACAACCCUCCACCAAGCGGUACCACAGGGAGUUUUGUACUGUUGUGAAAUUAGGGAGUAAUUUCACGCGCGUUUUGUCCAAAUCCUUAUAAUUUCCCGCUUGGUGGAGGGUUGUAAAAAACGCAAGUGAGGGUUGUAAAGAACGCAAUUUCACAUGUGAAAUUACAAAUUGACGCUGAAAUUUCGCGCCAAAAUUAAGGAGUAAUUCGUCACCUAUGAUAUUACUAAGAUAGUACGCACGCUCUGAUUGGCCGAGAGGAGUGUUUGCAUGAGAGUAUGUAAACAUGGUCGUGGCGUCAAGUUGUUUGGCUUUCCGCGCGCUAAUCACGCGAGCACGAAUUUGAAAAAGUUUUCGAGUUCAAAACUCGACAAACUUACUUUAUUUACCCAUUUCUUCGUCGGCUGAAACUUGGAAAAUCGUUACAAAGAAGGUGUGUCAAUUUUCUUCGCUUUUGCUGACAUUUUAAGCGAGAAAAAUCCGUAUUUUGCAAAGCAUCUUUUUGCAAAACAAGAACUGAUUACGCGUGCAAGACUUCGUGGACAAGAUUUUGCGACUGGUAAGAAUUUCUCUUUUAAUCAGUGCCAUACAAAGAGUUUUGCCUUUUUUCCACGGGAAAUUUAUUUUAUAAAAGCAAUAGAAAACUUUUUACCUGUGUUUGCAUAGCCUGAUAUAAACACUCGAGGCGUUGGGAGAAUUCUCGACAGUUGUGCAAACCCUCGACUUCGUCUCGGGUUUGCAUAACUGUCUCGAAUUCUCCCAACCCCUUUCGUGUUUAUAUCAGGCUAUACAAACACGGAAAACGUUUUCUAUUGCUUAAGUAGUGCUCAAUUAACCGUACCACAGGCUGAUGCAGCCUUAUGACGCAUUGAAAGUGCUGAGAAAGAGUGCCACGGGUCAAAAUUCAGCUGGGCCAGGCCGAUCAAUGCUAAUCCAGGAUUAAAAUUGUGUUCCAUUUUUGUAUUUUAACUUUCUAUGUAUUGCUUAGAGUAACAUUUUGUGCUGUCAUUACUGUACUGUACCGGAGUAAAGGCUCAACAGUAUUUUGUAUUAAAGCUUGAGUUGCAUGUUCUUAGUUGUGUUCUGUUACGUAAUGUUCCGUUUGACUUUCGUUUCUUUCUUUCUUUCUUCCCUUUUUUCUGGCCCUCUUCCAGGCCGGAUGUCUCCAUAACAAAGAAGUAGCUGCUGUUGUGACAAAGUUAAUGGCGUUUCUUCAUCAUUUCUGCGCGGAGAGUCCGGAUCAUGCUUUUUCAAUCCUUCAUAAACGAGCUCCAUUAUUUCAGUAAGUAACACAGUUAAUUCAUCGCCUGUGAGUAGACUAAAAGAGUAUGUUUAAUCGAUCUGUUUCUUGUAGAAUGGUCUCUGUACUACAAGAUCUGAUCUCCACCUUCAUGUUGCGCUCUUAAAACGUAAAAAGCUCCCGUAACAAGAAAUUCGCCUCUUUCAAAUGUGUGGGAGAACCAAUUGCCUGCUUUGGGUGAGAGCUUUGAUUGGUCAGUGGUUGCGUCAGAAACCAUCACAUUAUCAUAAUAAAAAGAGACCGUUUACGCAUUCCUUUGAACAAAGGCGCCGACACCAGGCAUGAUUGGACAAAAUACGGUGAUAUGUAUUGCCUACCCAGUCGCGCCUCCACCUCGUUUCAUUGCUUGUGUUCACUGAAGCAGAACUGAAUACAGGAAAUACAGGUCUAUUGGUUACCUAAACGGUCCCAGAAGUUCAAGAUUGAUUUUACUUAACCCAUAAAAUUAAUUCUUGACUUCUACGCAGUAUUACAAUCUAAGUUUAUUAUUUUCUUUUGUUUUCUUUGAAUCCAUUUGGCAGCAAUUGUGAGAAACUGUUUCACGGGUUAAGGAAAACCACUCUAUUUCUGAAAACCUAUGCACAUUGUCUUAAAAAUAAUCAUAGUUAGUCUUUGAUGAAGAGGUUAACAUCAAAAGUCGUUUACAGAAGGGUACUUGAGGUUUCUGUGGCAAGUUGUUCAUAUCGCCACUUUUCUUCUAAAUUUGACAAUUGCACCUGUUAUUCUCAGGGACCUGUUACAAGAUUUUCCUGCCCUCCCCUCCCUCCAGUGUGUUGUUAGCGCGAUGUCACUUACCUGGACUCCGCACUACGAGGAUCAAUUGACACCAGUCACCACUCAGGAGGCCUCAGAUGAGGGCGCCUCCACGAGCAUCCAAUCCAAGGUCCGGUCCAUUAUCACACCACCCGAGAAUGUCACGUGGUCAACUGCACAGCUCGCUCCUUUUGUACAACGGCUUGCCCCUGGCCAACCAGUUGAAGGUAGAGUGUUUUAAAUUGUGUUUACAAUAAAGAUAAUAAUUAACAAUAAUAAUAUAUGUUCUUUAGCUAAGGUAAACGCCUUAGCUAAAAGGCUGUUAUCGACUGAAAGAAUUUUGACCUCUGCUUGUUUUUAAUCACAGACGUGUCGAAGGUUCUUGUUGAUUUAGACGAAACCUCUAAACGAAGAGUGGACAUUUUAGAACAUUUUGUGGUGAGUAUUUUUCCUUGUCUCGUACGGCUUGGCAUAUUCUGUUCCCAAGAUAGAUAUAAAGAAAUGAUUUAGCCUUGUUGCUCUAAAUUGUGACCAUUCUUCCAAAAAAAGAUACGGAUAAAUGCUGUUUUUUGUUGUUGUUGUUGUUGUUGUUGUUGUUGUUAUUGUUGUUGUUAAAUAUUCAUCCAAAAUAUUUCUCCGUUUCUGAUCCAUAUCAGCCGGUUAUUACUAUUUAUAAAAAAAAACGAGGCAGCAUUCGCCACAAUUGGAAACCUACGGUUUUGCAUGUCCGUUGUAUCAUACUCAGCCUACUCCAACAACUGUUUAUCAUUGCGGUUUUUACGUGAAAAUUCCUCCAAAUUACAUUUUAUUCGUUUGUUGUUGUAUUUCUUCACAGUGUACAGUUAAAUACUUGGUACUGAAGUACUAGUUGUUUUUUUUAGCCCCAUUUGGUUCGACUUCUCUCAGAUGCCACAAGCAGUCAUAGGACCCAGGCCCACACUCUUCUCCUGCGACAUAUUCGACAGAGUCCUGGGUGCGGUUAUGUUUUUCUCUACUAAUGCAGUGUUUAUUGCGGGCUUCUCUUGUGGCCCGCAAUUCUAAUCUCCAGGUUGUUAUAACGCAUGCAUCGCAUAUAUGCAGCCAGUAUUCAUUUGGACUUCAACUAAGAAUAAAUGGAUCGCACAGAACGCAAUUUGAUCACGCGCGUUUAGACCUUCUAUCACCCGUUAUCUGAUCACGCGUGUUUUGACUAUGUGUCACGUGAAACCUACGCAAAGCACAGCGAUGCAGCAAAAGCGUUCUGACAUUCGAUCGUUGUCGCCCGCACUCCGUAACCUUUGGUUAUUACUAGAUAGUAUAACGUGUUUUUGUUUUAGGAAUAUUUCAUAAGAGUUUGUAUUAAGCCAAUUUUUCAACUAAUUGAACUUUUUUGGUGCUUCUUUUCACUGUCACAGAACUGCUCACAAGUUUGUGGACGCGUACAUGGAUUGUCUGAACAGCUCAGAGCCUGAGGUAGUUUUGACUGCUGCAAAAUUCCUACCCGAAUUUGUUGUUCUGGACAACGGUAAGCAGACCCUUAAUUAUAAUCUGAUAUUUUCUCGCUUGUGAACUGACGGCUGGCCACCCCAGCUAUUCCAGAAAUCAUUUCGCUCAAAGCUUGGUCCCAUUCUCCCUGUAGUUUGUGGAGUUGCAAAUAGGCCAUAUCCGAGUUGCAAAAACCCUCAAUUUCAAAAUGAGGUCAAGUGGACAACCUUUCUUGUGAAAAUGAGUGUUAUUUGCAUGAGAAUGAAAAAUCAUUUCUAUAUAAAAGGCUGAGCACUUAACCUCGUUUUGAUACAGGGGCCCGGAAGAACUUGGAAAUGGCCUAGCGUUUGCAAUUCGUCAGGUUCACACCGGCAAGGAGACUAUCACUUGGAUAAUUCAUGAAUUUUAUUUACAGUGAAAUUAACUCUGUUUAUAAUUAUUGAUAAACAUUGCCAUCAUCAGGGUCUUCUUCGGGUGCUUUAGUUUGAGACUGCUAACUUACUGUUCGCCAUUCAUUAGUCUCACACCUCAUCAGGUCCAUUUCCGGGGGGGAAGGGGGUACUCCCUAUAAUGGUCCAAGCGGGGAGGUUCCACCCUAAGGGGUACCUUUGUGAGGCCUUCAGAGGUAUAUGAAAAGAGGGAUUUUACCAUUGUGUAUGAAAGGGUAGGAGAACCUGUCAUUGUGGUCUCUAAAAGUGCCUAAAAGGGCUAAUAGACGCAUUUUAUGGCGACAAGAAAACUCCCUUGUUAAGUGAUUUAUUCAUAAAUACGUCAUACUGGCAUGAGGACUGAACCACCGAUUUCCUUGGAGAUGCCCCCUCCCUCCUGGUAUUAAAAAAGAGACGGUACCUUUACAGCAUUUAAAAGGGAUGCAAAGAUCUAAACUAGUUAUGUGGAAGGGGUACCAUUUAUCAAUAGAAGGUAUACGAAAAGAGUACCUUUUCUAUCAAAAAUAUGGCAUAUAAAAGGGUAAAGGGUUGGACCUCGGGGCGGAGCCUCGCAGUACAAAAUUUUGUUGUGCAUACCCCCUCCCUCGGGAGGGAACUUUUACCACUAGCUGAUAAGCAAAGGCAUUUUUGAGCGACGCAUGUCAACCGGAAGUGAGGCUUUUUCCCUUUUAACCCUUUAAACCCUAAUAUCAAAAUUCAAAUUCUCAUUUGUUGUCCCUAUAUGUUUUCAAUAGAAGCAGUGGGCAGAAUUUGUUUAAGUAUCAGUUAGAUUCAUCUUGUGUGAUCAGGCCCUCAAUUCUCAUGACCACUGUGUUUUAUAAAGCUGUGAUAUUACAAGGAGAAAUUUGACGCUGAUCACUCUUAUGCCUUGACGCUACCAAAUGUUUGUUGCUAAGUGUCUUCACUAGAUGUAGAUGCGAUUUGCCCGAAAAUUUUGACAAAACUUCGUCCCAGAAAGUCCAGUUGUGGUUAACGUCCAUCGGUCAAAAACGUCUUUGCCUAAGCUCUCUAAAAAAGGGCUGUUUACAGGAUGAUUUCGUCCAUUUUAUUCGAAGUGUUUUUUUUAGACUGUUCACAGUCCCCUAUUUUUCAGUAAGAUCGUCGAGAUCGGGCUCUUACCGGUACGGGCGGCCAACUUGGUUUCAUAUGUUCCGAGCCUAGCCUAGCGAGGAGUUUCAAAUCUACUUAGAGGGCGGGGACGGUUUGGGAGGAGGCAGGAAUAAAUAUAAACCCCGACGUCCGCCCCCCUCGGUACAGAUGAAACCAAGAUGGCCGUCCGUAUCGGCAAGCGCUCGAUCCUGACGAUCUUACAAAAAAAAAUAGGGGAAUGUGAAUAGUCCAUGGUAUUUUAAGCACCGUUUUUAUCGAUAAGUGUACGUGCCUCGCUUGUAAAGACAAACGGUACACUAAAGUUCAACUAUGCAUCAUCGAAUUAGCGAGAACUUGGCUGCGGUAGAUUGCGCUGAAAUCGUCGUCUGUCAACACGCGCGAUUUUGGGUUGCAACCCGGAGCGUAGGUCGACUUUCAGGUCGCGUAACAAUCGCCGGUGUGAACGGCUCUCUCAUGUUCAACUGAUUUGUCGUUUUCUGUUUCUAGAACACUCCGACUCGUUACUCCAAAAGAUGUUUUCUUUGGCAGUGUACGAGGCCCAGGAUGUCGGCAUCCCCUUGUUGCAAAGUAUUCAGCUUCUUAACUUGCACUGAAAUGAGUCUUCUAAU